GCUCACUAUAAGACUCAGUGGACAAGGAGGACGGUUAUCUGAUGAGGCUGAGAGACCAGGAGGUCCCACCAUACAGCAUAGGGCAGGGAUUACAAGUCUGUAACCUGGGUCUGCAGUGCAAAUAUACAGGGUCAGAUAGUCAAUAGGAUCAGCCCUGGGGCACAUUCUAAGACUGGCUGCAUCACAGCAGGGGUAGUAGAGUAUCACUAAGCAAGACAGAGCUAGUUCUCUAAAUAGCCAGAACACAGAGGUAGAAGGUUAGAUAGUCAGCACACAGGGCUAGUAGGUUAAAUACCCACAAUAUAAAUGUAGCAGGGUAGAUAGGUAGCAGCAUAGAGGUAGUCGAUUAGAUAACCCUCACACAGUAGUAGUAGAUUAGAUAUCCAGCACACAGGGGUAGUUGGUUAGAGAGUUAGCUCACAUGAGUAGGAGGUUAGAAAGCCUGUAGUUGUGGGGUAUUACAUUAGAUAAAAGAGCCCAGGGAUAGUAAGUUGUAUGGCCAGCACACGGGGCAAUAGUUAAAAUAUCACAAAGGGGUAGUUGGUUUGUCAGUAUCCCAAGGGUAGUAGGUUAGAUAGUCAGCUGCCCAGAGGUAGUUGGUGCUGGUACAGGGGUACAGUCCAGGUUGGUCUUUUUGGAAGGGGGAGGGGGGAAUCCGUGGACUACACUCCCCACUGCCAGGGAUGAGGCUGCUGAUCGGAGUGCACACUCACUGCUGCCCAGGACUGAGUGCCCUUGGAAGCCCACCAUGCCCGAGCCUGGCCUGAGCUGAACCCCUGCCCGGGACCUAGCCGGCAACACCUGGAUGUAACCCCGGACUGCAAGCACCCAGUGCAACCGCCAGGGGGCGACACAGACACCCACCCAGGCAGCUACCUACCGACCUAGACGGGGAUUUAAAUAGCACGUGGAGCACGGGAGAGCCUUGAGACCCCCUCCCCCCAGUCUGGCACUUAACCCCUUCCUCCCCAGCCUACCAUUUAACCCCCUUCCUCCCCCAGUCUGGUAUUUAUCCCCCAGCCUGGUAUUUAACCCCUUCCUCCCCCAGUCUGGUAUUUAUCCCCCAGCCUGGUAUUUAACCCCUUCCUCCCCCAGCCUGACAUUUAACCCCUUCCUCCCCCAGCCUGGCAUUUAACCCCCAGCCUGGUAUUUAACCCCUUCCUCCCCCAGCCUGGCAUUUAACCCCUGACUGUGCACUGCCGUGUUUGAGGAGCGGCUGUUUUGGGGUUCAGGGGUGCAGCAGCCCAUGUGUACCCCGGACCCUCAGCUCUCUGGAGGUGCUCCCAGCCGUUGACCCACCCCUCCCAGGGGAGACCCCAUCUCGACCCCUCUCCUUCUCCUCCCCCGGCCGGCUGCCCCCUGUCCCGCGGUGGCUCCGAGGUGCUGUGCUGGUGGCGGUGGCUCCUCCACCCAGGCCGCUCCCCUGGACCCUGAGAGCGGGGGCUGCACGGCUAGCCCCCCCGAGCCGACACUGAAAGCUGGGCGCAUCAAGAGGAUGGUGAGACUGGCAGCCGAGCUGCUGCUACUGCUUGGACUACUCCUGCUCACCCUGCACAUCACAGUACUCAGAGGGAACCCCGCCACCCCUGCCAAUGCCAGCCAGCACCAGGUGAGUGACUACCUACCUGCCAGAAACACAUUGGCCAUCUGCAUUGUCUCAUUUCUUUCAUUACCUAAAUAUAUAUAUUGAGCUAGACUUGUUUCUUUAUGUUUAAUGGAUGGAUAGAUGUUUGUAGAACUGUGGAGCCAGCCUUUCUUUUUUUUAGGAAAAUGGAAGAAAAAAUGGUCAUCAAAAAUCCUAAAUUAACAGUCAACUAGUAAAGGUUCCCUCUAAGUGCAGUCAGUCUCUGGCUGAUGGGAUUUGUCAAGCACUAUAUAUACCCUGAUAUCCCAGGUGUCUCUGAACCUCAUUGCUUAUUAAGUCUACUGGAGAAUCCUGGGAAAUGUAUUUCACCAACACCUGGAGUGCCAGGGGUAGCUAUCACUGGCAUGUAGGGUGACCAGGACCACUGAAGACCACCACCAUCUCCUCUGACUGUCCAGCUGUGCCCUCCAUUUCCACAACAGCUGGAGGGCCAAAGGUCAUCCAUCACUAUUCUACACCAAGCUGUGAAGAAUGGGCUUGUUGGAUGGGUGCUGUGAUGUAAUGUGUUUAUGUGGACAGAUACUUGAGAAGGUGUCACAUCUUGUCUCCUUUUAUAGUUUUGUUAUGUUUCGAGGAUGGAUUAGUGUAUCAAAAGAAUCUUACACAAGAUUUUUUUUUUGUUCCUCCAGCUUCCAGCCACAGUUAAUUUAUUUUUCGAGUCAUUUUAUGGUCUCUCAGUGCAUUUAGGACCCUGAGAAUGUGCAAUGUAAAUAUUGGUAGUUGUGUCAGAUAAAGGGACCUGGCACAAGAUGAAAAGACACACAAGUUGCAAGUUGGCAACUGUCACUUGAAUGAUUUUCUGUCGUGUACUUAACACUCUAUUGAAUGGUCCUGCAAAGUGACAAGAUUGUAAACGUUGUUGGCAAGGAUUCAAGAUUUCAAACUUUUUUUUUUUUUACCUUUGUAAUUCUACAAUAUGUGAGUACAUUUGUCAAAACAUUACCUUGUCUGAAAACUCACAUUUUUGUUUCCAUUAUUAUAGAAAGUUGGUAUAAUGACUAUACACCACCAACGCAGGACACACAGGGCUAUUCAAGAGUUGCUUGUAAUGAAUUCAAAGUACAUUUCAAAUUAUAGACCAAAAUAGGGAAACUAUAAUCAUAGCUGAAUGGGAGAAUCAUACCAAUUUGUCUGUCGUGGCCCUAAACUUGAAAAUAAAUUUUGUGAUAAAUUACCAACAAUUCACAAUUUAGUGUAUAUCUAUGAUAGUUUUUAUGAAUCUUCUUACAAUAGCCCUAGCCAGAAAUAUUUGUGUUUGUUCCAUCAAACUGUUUAUGAUGACUGUAAAUUGGAUCAAUGAGUGAGGGGGAGUCACUGUGUUUUGAUAUUUAAAACUACCAUGGCAUUUCCUAUACUUACAAAGGGUCAUAACCCCUUGAGUGUCACAGAGGUGAGAAAUUAGUUCUCUUGCAAUGCAUUCCAACUCUCUGACACUCCUUAAUGCUAAAACUUAUAGUAGCUUUAUAACCUUGUACGUGUGCAUGGGUAGAACACAUUGCGUUACAUGCUUAAAGUGCACACGCUUAAUGCAAAAAGGUAUUUGAGUCAAGGAAGCUUCGUUGAGAUCUAGUGAGCAAACACUGGGAUCUGUUGAGGUUGAGUUUCCUGAAUAAUUUUAAGACAUUUAGUUUUUGCCCGCUUUUCUUGGGCUGUGGUCUGUUUAUUUUAAAUCCAAAAUGUUCUAAUUGUCUCAGUCAGGACUGUAUAGAGUUAGUUCUUAGUCUGAUUUUCAGUGAAGUAAUCUUUGCAUCAUUUAGUGUUUUUCCAGAAUAUACUCCUUCUAUAAUCUUGGUAUCUCUCUAUAUUGUUAUAACCUUCCAGUAUAUGUACCUAACAUGACAUGUUCUAUGAUCUUGAGUCCUUGGCAAUAUUUUACAUUACCAACUGCCUCUCUGGAACUCUACUCACAUUAUUCAGAAUCCAGUAAGUGGAAGCUACCCAAAGCCACUUGACUCACCAGAUGACAUGCCCGCACAGUGUAUGGCAGCGCAGGGGACCAGCUGAAGGAAGAUAUACUUACUUGGAGCCCUCCCUCACACCAUCGCUCAUGCAGAGGUCUGUGGAAGAUUCCACAGGACGGCUAGAAGAAAACUUUAACUACAGCUGUCACUAGUCAUUGGUGGGAAUUUGCAAAGCUUGACGGAAGUUCUGGCUUUUGUCAACCACAGAUGGAUGGUUUGACAGUUACCUGGCCCUUGCGUCUAUAAACCUUCCCGUCUGCACUGAUAUGCUAAAGCUGAAUUUCAUACUUUGACAUUAGCAAUAUAAGUUUUGUGCAUCUUUGGACUUUAUUCAUUGUCUGAACUUUAUUCAUUGUCAAUGUGCUGCAGUGGUUAUGGUGCUAAAAGUAUCCCUUUAAUGUUCCAAGUGCUGUGGACUUUGUGGGUAUUAUAUAAAUGACAAUAAUAAUAAUAACAAUAUCAACUUUAUUGGGGCAACAGCAGCAAUGGUUCGACCAAACUAAGUCUUUAUCAAGCUUGAUAAAGACCCGAUUGGGUCAAAACGUUGCUGCUCUUGCCCCAAUAAAGCUGCUAUUUGUGUAACUACCCUGAGUGCAUGGACCAUUAUUUGUAAUACAUAUCUGUAAGUGAGGCCUGAUGAGCCCUGGAUCUGGAGCAUCUUGGUUGUUUGGUGAGUACGGUAUCCACCAUCUCUUUAAUAAUAAUAAUAAUAAUAACUAUUUACGAAAGUGGUUAGCGUACAUGUGUAAUGGGAAAAUAUAUGGGGGAGAGUUUAAAUUUAAAAUACUAAGAAAAUGGAAUGCCUAAAUAUUAGUGGAACAGACAUAUUCAUGCUUUUUACUUAAAUUACAACCAUAUAUCUUUAUUUAGUUGACCCACCUAUUAGGUGCCCUCACUGAUUUCUAUUAUUUAGCCUUCAUGUUUAUUGGCAAAAAUUUCAGGAUUCGAUGUUCUGUGUUUGUCACACUCAGUGGCACAUUAGUGUAGACAGGGGUUUGACAUCCAUUUUGUCGGGCAUAUUGAUAACUUCUGAUACAGCCAAAUACAGAAGCCAGCCAGCAUGACUUAUAUUGGCAUUCAAACAGGACUACAACCUCUGAGACAUUUAUACAAAUCAGCACAUGGCACAUGAUACAAAUCGCUUAUAUCCCAUGAUGCGGUGUGUAUGAUUCCAUGUCAUUCAGGAUUCAAUGUUCUGUGUUUGUCACACUCAGUGGCACAUUAGUGUAGACAGGGGUUUGACAUCCAUUUUGUCGGGCAUAUUGAUAACGUCUGAUACAGCCAAAUACAGAAGCUAGCAAGCAUGACUUAUAUUGGCAUUCAAACAGGACUACAACCUCUGAGACAUUUAUACAAAUCAGCACAUGGCACAUGAUACAAAUCGCUUAUAUCCCAUGAUGCGGUGUGUAUGAUUCCAUGUCAUUCAGGAUUCAAUGUUCUGUGUUUGUCACACUCAGUGGCACAUUAGUGUAGACAGGGGUUUGACAUCCAUUUUGUCGGGCAUAUUGAUAACGUCUGAUACAGCCAAAUACAGAAGCUAGCAAGCAUGACUUAUAUUGGCAUUCAAACAGGACUACAACCUCUGAGACAUUUAUACAAAUCAGCACAUGGCACAUGAUACAAAUCGCUUAUAUCCCAUGAUGCGGUGUGUAUGAUUCCAUGUCAUCGUGGGUGGGUGUUGCCUGGGUACCCAACACAUAUAGGGUACCACUUGAACCUCUUGUACCCCUGAUAAUCUUAAAUAUUUAAAUAGCUAGAGGAUUGAGUAAAACAUAAGCUGUCGCCAACAAAAAGUCCAUUCAUAAAGUCUACACCAGAAGCCUCAAACGUAAUUUAUCUGAGGACCAAUGGCUUCUCACAAGUGGCUGCUCAUCAAUAAUCUCUAAUUAAGGUGCCACCAGCACCCGCUUAUGUCCUCAGGCAAGAGGAAGGCAGUUAGGGAGCCCCAAAUGGCUUUUAACUUGGGUUGGAGACCCCUGGUCUACACAAAUCUGAGGAGCAAGCAGUGACAUUUUUCGCAUCUUUGUGUAUCUUUGGGACAGUUUCCUGUUGGUUGUGAUGAUAUCAAAGCAGUAUCAACAACCAGAAUAAACACAUUUUAAGCAGACAAAAAGCAAAUUAAAUACAAUAAAGAUAGCCCGUCUCAAUGAGAAUACGUUAGUUUUGGUUGGAUUUAAUUUGUCCACAAAAUCAAUAGUGCAUACAUUUUAAAGUUACAAAAUGGGAUAUCUUACAGUCUAGCCCAUUUUAUUUAUUUGCAUUACAUAGUUUUCCUUUAUCUAAACUUUGGGUGUGAAUUCACUAAAUUGAUCAUUUUUUAAUAUUUACAAAGCAUUUCAAAUAUUAGGCCUAACUCAAUUACCAUUUUGGCCUAUUUCCUCCCCUCAAUUGUUGUCAAAUAUAAUUUCUCCUUUUAGUUAAUAAAUGCCAUUAAGUAACAUGCUCAAACAUCUAUUCCCUGCUUUUAAAGACAAUGGCAAGUUCGUAGCAGCUAAACCCGUUUUUUUAGAGUUUAACAUUUAAGUGGCAUGGUCCCCUUUAUAUAUAUCAAUAUGACAGAGGAAUUAAAUCCAUUUAUUGCAACCUACUGAUGUCUUAACCUGUCAUGUCGACCAUAUAAAUGAGUACGUUUAUGCUUUGAAGCAACUCAAGUCUUCUUCAAAGCAUGAAAUCUUUAAAUAUGUUUAUUAUCCAAGAAAUCUUGAUUAAUCGCGGAUCGUCAGAAGCGUUCAGUGUUUGAGCAAUGUCCGAAUGGGAGAACUGUGAUUGCUGUUUACGCACAUGUAUUUGUGUGUAAGUGCUUCCAAAGUGUGUUACAUUAAAUUGUAAUUUCUGUGUUUAAUGUUCCACAUCUAGGAAUUUUCCACUAAGGAAAAGACUAGUCUCAGGUUUUUACUGGGAUGUGCAUGAAGGCAUUCUGUCUUGCUGAUGCACAGUUCUGCAUGGGUGCUUUUGGAAGCUGAUGGGGGGAGGUAGUCUGGUGUCCCGUUUCAUUUUUUUUUCCUUCUAAUUUUAUUGAUGCUAAAAACUUCUAAGGGAGGAUUCAAGUGCAGUUUAAAUAUGUAAUUAAAUCCAUGCGUUGCUGCAGUCCAUGAAUAACUUCUCCUUUUGCUAAAUCUUUUCAAACAAAAAUGAAAUUGUGAGGAGUUCCCUUGCUAGGAUUGGAGAAGAUUCUAAAUAAGAUUAUUUUUGUGACUCUGCUCAGAUUCCAUUUUUAGAACUUUUUGUUUGUUUGUAUGUAUACAUAUAUACGUAAAUAUAGGUGCAUUCUAAGCAACGUAAACCACUACUUGCUGCUACAGUGGUUAUAGUGCUAGUAGGCAGCAGGCGCAAUAUAUAAAUAAAUCACCAAAUAGACUCCAGUGAUGAGUCCUAGAAAAGAGACAAGGCUCUAUUUAAUGAUUUAAAGAAACAUAGAAAUACCUUUACUUAUCAUAAUACAUGCCCGAUGCAAUGUUAUUUAUAGUGAUGUCCCGAACAGUUCGCCGCGAACGGUUCGCCGCGGACUCAUCAGUGAGUAAACUUUGACCCUGUACCUCACAGUCAGCAGACACAUUCCAGCCAAUCAGCAGCAGACCCUCCCGUUCGCGAACCGUUCGGGACAUCACUAGUUAUUUAUUAUUAUUUUAUUAUUUAUACAGCGCCAGAAAAUUCCAUAGCGCUGUACAAUGGGUGGACUAACAGACAUGUAAUUGUAACCAGACAAGUGGACCCUGCUCAGUGAGCAUUAUUGUAGUUGUUGUACCUGCUCUGGUACUUAGACUGCCCCAUUAAAUCACUGAAUUCUAGAAGUUAAUAGUUGCUUGUAGUAGCUAAAUAGUUGCUUGUGAGUUGCUUGUCAGCUUGCAGAAUGUAGACAAAAAUAUAAUAGACUUGAUUAUUGAAUAUUUAUUUCCCAGAUCUGCUAUAUUGGUCAACAUACUAUGUGUCAGUAGUCACCUUUCCAAAAUGAAAUGGUGAAUAAACUCCUUUGGUGGUGAUGGCACCUGCUAUUAGCCAACUAGAAGUUAGACAUUUAUUGAGCUUUUUUUUCAAUAAAAACAUUUUAAUUCUAUUUUUUUUUUUUUUUUGGUCUGGAUCAAUUGCCAAACUGUCUUGACACAACUUGGCAUUGCGUGCAGAUUAGCUGUCUGUGUAAGAUUCCACGAUGCUGCUGGAUCCUCUUCACAUGUUUUCAUACACGUGUAGAGAGGUGAGAGCAAUGCCACAGGCAUUUGUGGUGUAUCAUACAAGAAGAGGAUGUUUGCUACCAGCCAUUACACCACUAACAGGUGAAAUUAGACAUAGACUUUCCAACAAUAGACAUUCUAGAUGGAAAGAUUUGCAAUUACCGAUAUAAAAUCAGAGAAUAACAAAUUUAUGUUGUUUGAAGUAUGAAAUGGGGAUAAGAGUGGCUAGAGGCCAGAAGAAUCAAGAAGAUUGAAAAAAAAAAAACCCGGAAUGUCAAAACUGGAGUCACAAAUAAGGACUGUCCUGUCAGUUCAGGGACGGUAGGGAGGUAUGCAGUACAAUGGUGCUUAUUAUUCCAAAAUACUCUCGGAGUUUUAUCACAUUUAUGUAAAGGAGCCAUCUUGCUGUAUGAUGUCUACUUAGAAAAGGGAGGGACAAAGGUUUAGAGGGACAAAGGUUUAAAAAUAAUAUCAGGAAGUAUUACUUUACUGAGAGGGUAGUGGAUGCAUGGAAUAGCCUUCCAGCUGAAGUGGUAGAGGUUAACACAGUAAAGGAGUUUAAGCAUGCAUGGGAUAGGCAUAAGGCUAUCCUAACUAUAAGAUAAGGCUAGGGACUAAUGAAAGUUUUUAGAAAAUUGGGCAGACUAGAUGGGCCGAAUGGUUCUUAUCUGCCGUCACAUUCUAUGUUUCUAUGUUUCUAAAAGAAGAAGCCUUCUUCCACCUUCCGAUUUUCUACAAGGGUGCUUAGAUUUUGGUUAUCCGCGAAAAAAUAUUUAUAUUUGAAUAGUUGUUUCAAGAGAAAAACAAAAUCCUGAGAAAUGCCCAUUCUCCAUCCAUUUCAAUUUAUUUGACCAAUGCAACACGCAAUCCCCCCUGUGCUGGAUAUUUAUUCCACCCCAUGUCCCGUGCUAAUCUCUUUAUAUAUUUACCCCAUGACACCAGCUUCAAAGGCGUGCAAUAAAUGAAAUGUCAUAGUCAUGUAAAUUAAGCCAAGAUGGCUAAACCAAGUAAAGUAAGCAUUCUGAAAAGUUCCAUUCGGCCUAAGGAUAAUGUGAGUGUUACAGGAGAGAUUUGAAGGGAACCCACUGAAAGGGUUCUAGUGCGUUAAGGUAUUUAUCACAAAGUGUCUGACAGUCAGUCCUUUGAUCUCGUUCCUCUGUGUGUGUGUUUUCAUUUGGGAAUGGGUGAAAUCCUUACCCUUCCAGUAAAUCUAAUUGGCCUAGUGCAGGGGCCUGUAAGACGCAUUGUCUUAGUUCUUUGAAUAGUUUAAUAACGUUCUAAGGAUAUUUGGCGAUAUGUAGUCUGGCGGUGCUGGAGUGUUUGAGUUCCCUUGGCCUUUUUUUUUUAUUCGUGUUUUAUUGUUUUAUUUUUCCCCCUUCUUUUUUUUUCAGUAGCUUAAACUUGACUUUCUUUCCGACAAAUAAAGAUAACAAAACAGCUGGAAAAGUGAAUAAAAUAGAGAUGGCACUUCUAAGGAGAAAAACACUGACAUUCUCCAAGAAGAAAAUACUGCUGUUGAAAAGAUCAUCAUUUUUUUUCCCCCUGACAAUUUAAGAGAACAUCUGUGCGUGAUUGAAGUAACUACCUUCCCCGGUAGUAGUUGCCGUGUUGUUUGAUAUUUGAUAUCGCAAUAGCUAGCUUUCUUUCUGCACUCCAUAAUGAAUAUCACAGAUCUGUUUGUAGCUCAUUAAAUAUCUUGCUGUUAGUUUCAUCGCUGUAUAUAUCUAUUUACAUACAUACUUUCUCCUGGAAUGAUUGCAAUGUUGUAUCUCAGGUAAAGUUUAUUUUUUUUCCCAUCACCUAAUGGAUGUGGGUUGUGUGUUUUUCUAUCUUUUUCCUUUUUUUUUUUUUUUUCAAGGAAGACAAACAUGUAUUCCUGACACUAUAGUGUUUAACUAUGUAGGUACCUGGCCCCUCUUAUAUCCCAUGGGAUGGGUGUUUUUUCUCUGAUGGUCUCGCCGCGGCUGCCAGCCCUUCCAUGGAUGAUCUGGGGGUCUGGAGUCUGUAUAUGCAUCUUUUCGCUAUGGAUCUCUGCAUUUACAGAUUUUAACCCCUGUGCUUCUUGAGGUGUAACUCCACCCCAGCCAGCAUUAGGGUGGCUAAUGUCAAUUAUGUACAUAUAUAUAUGCACAUAGUUGCAUUCAUUGACUGAGAGCGUUCAGCUGACACUCUCAGCCAGUGAAUAGCCGAUGGGUUUGGCAUCCGGCUUCUGCAGCUCUGCAGAAUAUAGAUGCAUGUCUCGGGUACUGGAGAACCCUGAGUGCUUGACAGGACCUUCUUAAGGGGGAAAACGUUUGCAAAACAGAUAGGGACUAAUUUUAGCAAAUGUAUUUUUUCUACCCUUGACAAGCUUGACAAAAGUUGGAGCUACUGUCUGUCAGGCCUGCACCUCCAGGUCUCCUCAUGGCAAGCAGAGCAGUCAUCAUCUGGGGUCUAUGCAAAAUAUGCAAAGAAGGUGACAGAGCCGCUUUAACAUCGAGUCAAUAUCCUGAGGCUUAAGUGCAGCAUGUGGUGUUGGUUUUCAGUAACCCCUGCUAUCCAUUCAUAGUGUGUAACUGUAUUACUGUGCAGUCAACUCCCUCUACCUCACUUCCUAGCUCGUCACCAAAGCAUUACAUGUAUAUUAACUCACUGCUAUAUCCAGUGAGCUAUAUCAACCUCACUAUCUAACUUGUCACCAACUAUGGCUGUAAUUGCCGUAAUUCCUUCCUUCCUCGUUGCUGACACAGACAAACACAUAGGUGAGGAGUGGGAGUGAUGUCUAGUGCUCUAGUAUAUGUGAGUGUGUGUCACUGAACCCACACAUUACAAAUAUAUUCACUCACUGCUUCACACAUACACUACCCAUACAUUACAUGUAUAUUCACUCACUCAUUGCUUCACACAUACACUACCCAUACAUUACAUGUAUAUUCACUCGCUGCUUCACACAUACACUACCCAUACAUUACAUGUAUAUUCACUCACUGCCUCACACAUACACUACCCAUACAUUACAUGUAUAUUCACUCACUGCUUCACACAUACACUACCCAUACAUUACAUGUAUACUCACUCACUGCUUGACACAUAUACUACCCAUACAUUACAUGUAUAUUCACUCGCUGCUUCACAAUUCACAUAUACACAAUCCACACAUUACAUAUAUAUUCACUCAUUGCUUUACAUUAUCACCCAGAUAUAUUCUGUGAGGGUGAUACAUUGUAAUUGAGGGAUGCAUUGACUUGGCUGGACUUGGGACAGCUAUAAACCUAAAGGGACACUCUAGUAGCAUAAGAUUUAGAAUUGUAAAUCUGAUAAUAUAUUAUAAUUUAAUGGGACACUAUUGCCACACUGACCUUUUCAUGUUAUUGAAUUGAAUAUAGUGCGUGAAGUCCCCUGGCACUAUCCCUCCAUUCACUGUUAAACCACUUUGUGCAGUUUAACACUAAAUAAUGGUCCCUGGCUUCCCAUAGCCUGGCCCUACUGGAGAGGUGGCUAAGAGAGACAUUACACACUUCCUUUUAGCAAUAACGAUUUAUACCUGCAAUGAGCACUGCGAUUGACUAAAAGCGAUCAGCUGACAUUCUCAGUCAAUCACAUCCGCCAUUUCUGUUCAGGUGAAUGCUUCCUCAUUAGCCAGAGCAGCACCGAGGGAAUGGGCUGCUGGACACUCUCAUUUACCAUUUGGACAUUAAAAGUACAGUAAUUCAACACUGAACGGAAGGACAAGUGUCCAGGGACUCCAGACACUAUAACCACUAGGCAUGUGCAUGGGGAAUAUGUUCAGUUCGGCAUUCCAAAAUUCAGGACUUCGACACUUCGGAAAUUCGAUAAUUUCGGGACUUCGACCAUUUGGCAAUUCGGCAAUUCAUCUAUUCGGACAUUCGGAAGUACCCGAAUGUCCGAAUUUCCCGAAAUUUGUCCGAAUUCACAUUCAGACCGAAACGAAUUGCACAUGUCUAAUAACCACUUCAAUGAGAUGAAACGGUUACAGUGACUACAAUGUUUCUUUAAGAAUAGAUCACCUGGCUCAUUUUAUAAUUGUGGAAUGGAUCGUCACAUGAAUGUCUUGUUAACGCAUAAUUUGGGCAUAUUACGUUUAAAAACCACUGUUAUAAAUGGUAUUUAUAGAGCAAGCACUCUUCCAUUGCUGGCAGCUGCAGGUGGUUUAAAUUAUUACAAUUAAUACAUUUUUUAACAUGUUUCCAAUAUAUUUUAAAGCAGGUGGUGGAAGAACAUAAAAAAUGUACAAGAUCAUUAAAUGCUCAGAGAUUUUUUUAAGGGGAUAUCAGUGCAGUGUGGUAAAAAUGUGGAAUGUACAUUUUUAUACUGUGUUUCUAAAUAGAUCAUGGUUUAACAUCAAUGUAUAUUUUUAUUACUCAUGCCAAAUGUCCUCUAAUGUUUGCUCAGGGUGGAUGGUAGGAACCGCACUCAUUCCCAGCGGCCAUGGGUGCUCCAGAGCAGGACCAGCAAUCCCAGAAUAACAGGCAAAGAAGAAAGACUCACAGGCACUCCGAAUUCAAGCCGCAGGUAGUUUUAUUGUAACAGAAUGCAAUGCAACGUUUCGACCGUAAAGGUCUUUUUCAAGCUUGAAAAAGACCUUUACAGUCGAAACGUUGCGUUGCAUUCUGUUACAAUAAAACUGCCUGUGGCUUGAAUUCACAGUGCCUGUGAGUCUUUCUUCUUUCUCUAAUGUUUGCUCGUCAUGAAUAUUUGUGUUGGCUAUUUUGUUCUUUAAUAGGGGAAUUCACAAAGGUGGUGGGCCGGAAAUAUUUUGCAUUAAGGCACAAAAUGUAUCUGUUUAGAUGCAUUUUUACUAAAAUCUUAAUAAAUUUCACUUUCAUCAUCAGGAAAGGUCAAACAAUUCAAUCCUCCUUUUGCCAUGAAAUGCUGAUUAACCCCUUAAGGACCAAACUUCUGGAAUAAAAGGGAAUCAUGACAUGUCACACAUGUCAUGUGUCCUUAAGGGGUUAAAUCUGUCUGCACGUGUUCUGUCUUAUGGUUUUGAGUAGUGUUUUAAAAAUAAAAUCUUGCUUUACGUUUUGUCGUGCGUGUAAUUAUAGAAUGUUAAAAUAAUAUUUUCAGACUAUCAUGGCACCUUAUAGGUGCUAAACGUUAUGUCUAGCAGUUGUGUACAAUUGUCUUCUAAGGACCUUAAAAGAAAACUCUACCAUUAACAAUAAAGAUAUUGUUUCUUCAUACUUUUAGAUACAGGGUCCCCUUGCAAAAAAAAAACACCCAUUAAACUCCGCAGUUAACCCUAUGCUGGGACAGACUUCAUCCAGCAAUUGUCUUCUCUCUGCUUUUGAGAUCAUUCUAACUGGUGAUCAUUCGUCCAAUACAAUGCUACCGAUAGAGAUGUAUUAGGGAUCUAUGGUUCAUUCGUGGCAACCACCACCCUCUGCCAGUCAGAUACUUGAUCUAGAGAAGGCAAACAUGAAGAGUUUCAGUAAUUACUCAUUGAAGGCUUCCAAUAAGUGUCUUUAGUGACUAUCAGUUUGCCGCUAGAUGUGUAUUUAUGGUCAAAUACAAACAUUGAUGUUUAUCUGAAACAGAAAUUUUUAUAUUGCCAGGAAAAAAAAACUUACUGCUAUGGCCACAUGGGUUAUACAGCUAUGGCCAUGAUGCUAUGGCCACAUGGGUUAUACUGCUAUGGCCAUGAUGCUAUGGCCACAUGGGUUAUACUGUUAUGGCCACAUGGGUUUUACUGCUAUGGCCAUGAUGCUAUGGCCACAUGGGUUAUGCUGCUAUGGCCACAUGGGUUAUGCUGCUAUGGCCAUGCUGCUAUGGCCACAUGGGUUAUACUGCUAUGGCCACAUGGGUUAUACUGCUAUGGCCAUGAUGCUAUGGCCACAUGGGUUAUGCUGCUAUGGCCAUGAUGCUAUGGCCACAUGGGUUAUGCUGCUAUGGCCAUGAUGCUAUGGCCACAUGGGUUAUGCUGCUAUGGCCACAUGGGUUAUGCUGCUGUGGCCACAUGGGUUAUGCUGCUGUGGCCACAUGGGUUAUACCGCUAUGGCCAUGAUGCUAUGGCCACAUGGGUUAUGCUGCUAUGGCCAUGAUGCUAUGGCCACAUGGGUUAUACUGCUAUGGCCACAUGGGUUAUACUGCUAUGGCCAUGCUGCUAUGGCCACAUGGGUUAUACUGCUAUGGCCAUGAUGCUUUGGCCACCUGGGUUAUGCUGCUAUGGCCACAUGGGUUAUGCUGCUAUGGCCAUGAUGCUAUGGCCACAUGGGUUAUACUGCUAUGGCCAUGAUGCUAUGGCCACAUGGGUUAUGCUGCUAUGGCCACAUGGGUUAUGCUGCUAUGGCCACAUGGGUUAUACUGCUAUGGCCAUGCUGCUAUGGCCACAUGGGUUAUGCUGCUAUGGCCACAUGGGUUAUACUGCUAUGGCCAUGCUGCUAUGGCCACAUGGGUUAUACUGCUAUGGCCAUGAUGCUAUGGCCACAUGGGUUAUACUGCUAUGGCCACAUGGGUUAUACUUCUAUGGCCAUUCUGCUAUGGCCACAUGGGUUAUACUGUUAUGGCCAUGAUGCUAUCACCACAUGGGUUAUGCUGCUAUGGCCACAUGGGUUAUACUGCUAUGGCCAUGAUGCUAUGGCCACAUGGGUUAUGCUGCUAUGGCCAUGAUGCUAUGGCCACAUGGGUUAUACUGCUAUGGCCAUGCUGCUAUGGCCACAUGGGUUAUGCUGCUAUGGCCAUGCUGCUAUGGCCACAUGGGUUAUACUGCUAUGGCCAUGAUGCUUUGGCCACCUGGGUUAUGCUGCUAUGGCCACAUGGGUUAUACUGCUAUGGCCAUGAUGCUAUGGACACAUGGGUUAUACUGCUAUGGCCAAAUGGGUUAUGCUGCUAUGGCCACAUGGGUUAUGCUGCUAUGGCCAUGCUGCUAUGGCCACAUGGGUUAUACUGCUAUGGCCACAUGGGUUAUGCUGCUAUGGCCAUGCUGCUAUGGCCACAUGGGUUAUACUGCUAUGUCCAUGAUGCUAUGGCCACAUGUGUUAUGUUGCUAUGGUCACAUGGGUUAUACUGCUAUGGCCAUGAUGCUAUGGCAACAUGGGUUAUGCUGCUAUGGUCAUGAUGCUAUGGCCACAUGGGUUAUGCUGCUAUGGCCACAUGGGUUAUGCUGCUAUGGCCAUGCUGCUAUGGCCACAUGGGUUAUACUGCUAUGGCCACAUGGGUUAUACUGCUAUGGCCAUGAUGCUAUGGCCACAUGGGUUAUGCUGCUAUGGCCAUGCUGCUAUGACCACAUGGAUUAUGCUGCUAUGGCCACAUGGGUUAUGCUGCUAUGGCCAUAUGGGUUAUGCUGCUAUGGCCACAUGGGUUAUGCUGCUAUGGCCAUGCUGCUAUGGCCACAUGGGUUAUACUGCUAUGGCCAUGAUGCUAUGGCCACAUGUGUUAUGUUGCUAUGGCCACAUGGGUUAUACUGCUAUGGCCACAUGGGUUAUGCUGCUAUGGCCACAUGGGUUAUGCUGCUAUGGUCACAUGGGUUAUGCUGCUAUGGCCAUGCUGCUAUGGCCACAUGGGUUAUGCUGCUAUGGCCACAUGGGUUAUACUGCUAUGGUCACAUGGGUUAUGCUGCUAUGGCCACAUGGGUUAUGUUGCUAUGGCCAUGCUGCUAUGGCCACAUGGGUUAUACUGCUAUGGCCAUGAUGAUAUGGCCACAUGGGUUAUGCUGCUAUGGCCACAUGGGUUAUGCUGCUAUGGCCAUGAUGCUAUUGCCACAUGGGUUAUGCUGCUAUGGCCACAUGGGUUCUACUGCUAUGGCCAUGAUGCUAUGGCCACAUGUGUUAUGCUGCUAUGGCCACAUGGGUAGACUGCUAUGGCUAUGAUGCUAUGGCCACAUGGGUUAUGAUGCUAUGGCCAUGAUGCUAUGGCCACAUGGGUUAUACUGCUAUGGCCAUGCUGCUAUGGCCACAUGGGUUAUACUGCUAUGGCCAUGAUGCUAUGACCACAUGGGUUAUGCUGCUAUGGCCACAUGGGUUAUACUGCUAUGGCUAUGAUGCUAUGGCCACAUGGGUUAUACUGCUAUGGCUAUGAUGCUAUGGCCACAUGGGUUAUACUGCUGUGACCAUGCUGCUAUGGCCACAUGGGUUAUACUGCUAUGGCCAUGCUGCUAUGGCCACAUGGGUUAUGCUGCUAUGGCCACGUGGGUUAUACUGCUAUGGCCAUGAUGCUAUGGCCACAUGGGUUAUACUGCUAUGGCCAUGAUGCUAUGGCCACAUGGGUUAUACUGCUAUGGCCACUUGGGUUAUGCUGCUAUGGCCACAUGGGUUAUGUUGCUAUGGCCAGAUGGGUUAUGCUGCUAUGGCCACUUGGGUUAUACUGCUAUGGCCACUUGGGGUAUGUUCCUAUGGCCACAUGGGUUAUGCUGCUCUGGCCAUUUGAGGUAGCGCUGGCUUUUGCUGUUCCUAAAUGUUUUUUCUUUAAAUCUGUGGAAUGUGGUUGGUUACCUCAAAGGAAAAAGCUUUAAUAUUCUAAAGUGUAUAUAGACCAUAGGGUUCUCAAACACUGUUUUGGUUGGGCAAAUAUUUGGAGAGGUCCUACAUGCUCCCCCCAUGAUUUCUGUCAGAACAAGAAUAUCAUUUUGAGCCUGCAGUUUAUUUGUGGAAAAUAAUCCUUUUAUGUUUUUGAAAGACUAUGCAUAUUUAUUUUAAUCAUUACUUUUUAUUGUCAAAAUAUGUUAUGAUACUGUAUUAGGGGUUCUGUGUAGCUGCGUUCAGGUACUGGACAAACUGCUUUUUUUAUUUAUGUGAGCUGUUGACUUUCAUAAAAAAAAUGUAAAUUUUUGAAGUUUGAAUUUUGUAUGGCUUUGUUUUUUUUUUUAAUCCUAAUUUACUAAGAAACAUUCCUCUACACUGCAGAGAUAGAGCUGUAAUGACUGAGCUGAGGUAAUAGGUUAAUUGGACAUCCGAUAAUUUUCGAAGUCGCACAUGUUUGAGUGACUGAUGUUGUAGAAUAGGCAUCAGAGGCGAGUCUCAAUCUCAGUGUUCCUUCUCCCUUGUAACAGAUUAAAUUCUCGGUUUUGGUUUGCCAACUUUUAAAUUUUUCUUCUAAAAUUUAUUUUUCUUUUCUGAACUUAUUAAACCAUUAGUUUUUUUUCGCUUUUAUUUGUUUUAUUUUAAGAAACUUUUGGAUGACAGAAGACUAUACAUCGGCAAGACUUUAAGAGGGCUCCAGUUAAUCCGGCUUCUGACCUUUGCCGUUUGAAAUGCACCUGUUUCUCUUUUAAACCAUCUCUAAAGAGAUUCCUCUCCAAACACUAAACUCUAUUUAGAAAUGCAAUCGCAAGAGACUGCCGGGAUUAUCUAAUAAGUGUAAUGUGAACUUUCAGUUCCUAACUUUAGCAGUAAUUUCGAAACCAGUAAAAUCAGCCGUUGUGCUUAUCCUCAGACUUCAGUCUUUUAUAAACCAUACUCAAAGUCAUAGUCAAGCCAUACUCAAAGUCAUAGUCAAGCCAUACUCAAAGUUACCGUAGAUAGAUACAGGAUGGAACGAUUCCAUUUGAUAUAAUUCAGUGCUUAGCAUUGUUGUUGGUUUGCAUUUACUUUCUGCUUGCUAAGCGAUACAUUGGAUGGAUAGAUAGAUAUUGUGACUCAGAACCCAUCUUUAGUUAUAUAAAAAUAGACUAACUCAGAAACCACAUUUAAUUAGAUACAGAUAUACUCAGAACCCAGCUUUAAUUAGAUACAGAUAGACCAACUCAGAAUCCACCUUAAGCUUGAUGCAGAUAGAUUUACUUGGAACCAAUAUUUAGUUAGAUACAGAUAGACUGACUCAGAACCCACUAGACGAUAAAGAGAGACUGACUCAGAACCCACUAGACGAUAAAGAGAGACUGACUGCUAUGGCCACAUGGGUUAUGAUGCUAUGGCCACAUGGGUUAUGCUGCUAUGGCCAUGCUGCUAUGGCCACAGGGGUUAUACUGCUAUGGCCACAUGGGGUAUGCUGCUAUGGCCACAUGGGUUAUACUGCUAUGGCCAUUCUGCUAUGGCCACAUGGGUUAUACUGCUAUGGCCACAUGGGUUAUACUGCUAUGGCCAUGAUGCUAUGGCCACAUGGGUUAUACUGCUAUGGCCACAUGGGGUAUGCUGCUAUGGCCACAUGGGUUAUACUGCUAUGGCCAUUCUGCUAUGGCCACAUGGGUUAUACUGCUAUGGCCACAUGGGUUAUACUGCUAUGGCCAUGAUGCUAUGGCCACAUGGGUUAUGCUGCUAUUUAUCUACUAGUGGGUUCUGACUCAGAACCCACUAGUAGAUACAGAUAGACUGACUCAGAACCCAUUGUUAGAUACAGAUAGACUGACUCAGAACCCAUCGUUAGAUACACAUAGACUGACUUAGAACCCACCAUUAAGUAUAGAAAGACUGACUCAGAACCCACCAGUAGAUACAGAAAGAUUGACUCAGAACCCACCCUUAGAUAUGGAGAGACUGACUCAGAACCCACCAUUAGAUAUAGUGAGACUGACUCAAAACCCACCAUUAGAUAUAGAAAGACUGACUCAGAACCCACUAGUAGAUACAGAUAGACUGAACCCACCAUUAGAUACAGAUAAACUGGCUCAGAACCCACCUGUAGAAAUAGAUAGACUGACUCAGAACCACCUUUAGUUAAAUACAGGUAGACUGAUCCAGAACCCACCAUUAGAGAUAGACUGACUCUGAACACACCUUUAUAUAGACACAGAUUGACUUAGAGCUAUUUUACUGAGAAAGAUACAGAACGAUGUGACUUAUUGUAAGCUGACUUAUUUCCUCUGUAUAUCGAUGAAGGUGAAAUGAUGGGAAGAUCUAUUCAGUCAAGAAUGGAAUCUGGCACUAAAUUAUUAAAUUAAUCUUAAAAUGAGAAUUUUUCUGUAUUACUGCUGUGCAGCAUGCCAAGGAGGGAACGCUUGAAUAAAUAUAGCAAUGCAGCAGGUUUCCCUGGUAAUUAUUAUUACAUUAAAAAUAAUACAUCUCUGUAUCUGCUACCCAUCCGACACAAUGUAAAAUAGAUUAAUAAAUUCUAACUGUACCAUGAGUUAUUUAGCAAAACACAAACUAUGCUUUUUAUUGCUGUAUUGAUUAGUGUCCAUUUUGUUAUUUUAUUUGUGUGUGAAAUUAGAUAUAAAUGUAAGGUUCUAUGAGAAAUCCCUUUGUCCGAAAUCAAAUACUCCAGAUGAGAUUUAUCACGUUGUGUGCUACUACUUAAAUCAGAACUCCAUGUAAUCCCCUACCAGGUGGGUAUGUAAACUCGUUGAGUGUGACUAUCCUAUUUAAAGGGAAUGAAGCCAAGCUUCACGUUUUUCACAUUGACUGUGUCUACCAGCAGGGAGUCUUUGAUGUUGUAACAAUAGAACAUGCUUACAGUGAAAGAUUAGGACCCCUGACAUAGAGCCUGUUGUCUUUAACCCAUGUGUUACGUGAGCUUCUUAUAGAAUACUCACUAUUUUGGCAGAUAAAACCACCUGGGCUCGCUUGACGACUGUACUUUAAAGGGACACUACAGGUUAGAGGUUAUCAUCAUUUUUUAUUUAUUCUAUACGUAAUGUAUUACAAAAUGGAUGGAGAUUACACAUAUUAAAGUUCAUGUAAUUGCUGCAAAUUCCAAGUAUUAAAAGUAUCUGCAGUAAGAUCUGUCCAGGUGAGUAAGUUGCACAGCCAAUCAUUAUUCUCCAAUUAUCCUCACACACGAUCGAAUGGGGCGAGAUUUUUUCAAUUUGUUUGAUUUAUUCUUAAAGGAACACUAUAGUCACCUAAAUUACUUUAGCUAAAUAAAGCAGUUUUAGUGUAUAGAUCAUUCCCCUGCAAUUUCACUGCUCAAUUCACUGUCAUUUAGGAGUCAAAUCACUUUGUUUCUGUUUAUGCAGCCCUAGCCACACCUCCCCUGGCUAUGAUUGACAGAGCCUGCAUGAAAAAAAAUGGUUUUACUUUCAAACAGAUGUAAUUUACCUUAAAUAAUUGUAUCUCGAUCUCUAAAUUGAACUUUAAUCAUAUACAGGAGGCUCCUGCAGGGUCUAGCAAGCUAUUAACAUAGCAGGGGAUAAGAAAAUCUUAAUUAAACAGAACUUGCAAUAAAGAAAGCCUAAAUAGGGCUCUCUUUAUAGGAAGUGUUUAUGGAAGGCUGUGCAAGUCACAUGCAGGGAGGUGUGACUAGGGUUCAUAAACAACGGGAUUUAAUUCCUAAAUGGCAGAGGAUUGAGCAGUGAAGCUGCAGGGGCAUGUUCUAUACACCAAAACUGCUUCAUUAAGCUAAAGUUGUUCACGUGACUACAGUGUCCCUUUAAGCCACCACAACUUGCCCUUUAGUGAAUGGUAGGCAAACAAUACUCGGAAUUCACUUUAGAAAGGCAUUUCAAUGCUGUUUCUGGGUCACUAGCUACCAAGUUCCUAGUGUAACCUUCACCCUAGGAAAGACUUGAACCAAUGCUUUCCUUUAGGGAAUUUAAAGACUCUGGACGAACUCAUGCACAGCGUGAGGACGUCCAGCUUUGUUUCACUGAGCUAAAUUCAGUAAAACAGCAGGAAGCGCCUCUAGUGGCUGUCUGGUAGACAACAACUAAGGGCAGUCUUAACCCUGCAAUGUAAAGAUUGAUGUUUCUCAGAAAUUGCAAUGUUUUAUAUUGCAGCAUUAAGUGCAAGAGGGACACUGCACCCAGACCAUUUCAAUGAGAUGAAGUGGUCUAGGUGCCUAUAGUAUCCCUUUAAAAUUAUUAUUGAAAUGUGUUAUACACUUUUGAGUAAGCUUUGAUUUAAGGUGAAGAAUUUCUGGUGUUCUGUCUGUCACAUCAUCUAAAACAAGAGACUGUUAACAACCCACAUCUCAAGCCGUCACUGGCAGUAAAUGGGAAACGGCUUGUAUCUGUGGGAUCAGGCUGGAUGCAAAUUAUAAACUAAUCUUUGAUUUCAUUAAGGAAGUAAAUGUUGAUCUUGAUUUAAUAUUGUUUAAUGAGUUAAUAUUUUUGGAUAAAAGUUUAAAAUAUUUUUUUUUCAACAUAUUAAUAUAUCAAAAUAAUAUAUAUUUUUAGUAUCACACUUAUUAACCCUUGAUCCUUUUUAAAUGAACAUAGGAUUUGAGAAAGUGUGCAGGUAACUUUUGCUUUUGUUCCAUGUAUUUGGGCUGAUCAAUACUAGCCAUUUCUGCUGCCCAUGAGUAGUGGGAGUUUGAGUACAGGGCUUACUUUUGUGUGUUUGUAUAUAUUUUUGUAUUACACAGUCAUGUUACAGUGCUGCCACACACCCUACGUGUGCCCUACUAUGGGCUAAUAAGUGUGCAGGGAUUCAUAAAAAUAGCCAUCCCUGUCUCAUUCGAGAUUUUACCUUUUAGCUAAAAGCUCAGCUCAAGGACUCAACUUGACCUGGCAGGUGAGCUUACAUUUUAAUAACCAUUGGAGGACAGGUAACCUUUUUGAGUUUUAUUUUAAAUCUGCCUAUCUUUCCUGGUAAUUAUUAAAUAUCAGUUUUGAAGCCGAUGUUUUAAAACGUGUAACUUUUUCUUGUGUAAGUGUCAGGCUCCCAGUGCAUCUGCAAAAACAAACUGUGCAUGAUUUUAAUUUCUGCUCUGUCGAAACUCCUACCAGAGGAGUUUUCUUAAAACUGUUUCUUUGGGUCAAUCCUACCAAACUGAAGUUAAAAAAUAUUGUGACCGUCAGAAAACCUUUUGAUAUUUAGUGACCCUCAACUGGGAGCACGUAACACGGUCUCUGACAGCUGCUACUGCAAUGAAUUCUAAAAAGGUUUACAGCUGUGGGUUUGAUGUUGGGAAUAAAAAUUAUUGCAUUUAUAGCUUUUGAACUAUAUACUCCUCACCAGUACUUCCCCAUCAUGGAAAAUUCCCAUGGCAUUAUAAAAUAAUGAUUAACAGCCUGUUCUAUAGUGAACAUUUCUUUAUUUUAUGAUUCAUUUUCACGCAAACACAGGCAUUUAACUGUACUUGCUCUGGCGCUAUAGCCGUGUUGGGCUUUUUUUUUUUUUGACAAUUCUUUUAUUGAGUUUUACAACAAGAAUAAUAAGCAUGGGUAACAUUGCACAGUGGAAUGGUUACAAUCAGCGACAUGGGAUAUCUCAGCAACAUGUUAGGUAUCUCCAACAAAGGAAGACUAUUUCAUUUGAGGGAACAUUAACAUCAAAGCAUAAAAAAACAUUUUCUAUACCUAAGUCGUUAGCGGUAAUAACAACGGUAAAGUAAGGUCCUCUUUGGGGACAUAAGGUCAGUGCUUGAUAAUUUAUAGAUGAGUGUGGUUUUUUAGUUCGUAGAUAUCCUCUCUCCACCUCCCCCCGCACUACUAAUUAUGGGUGUUCCGUCUCUUACAUUGAUCGUGGUCAUGGUGGACAUAUUCUGUCGCCAUCUCUGACUAUGUACAUGGUGGGUAAGGAGUUGGAAGGUAACGGGUGUUAUCAAUAGCAGUUAGCUUCUGUUUGGUUUCACUUGGUAGCAUAUGUAGGGUAUUGGUAAGGUAACACUACCUAAAAUGCUUGUGGUAUAUGUCCACACGUAUUAGUCAUGUCUUGAGUGUUCUGUAUCAGUUUAUUGGUUUAUCAGUGUCUCAUAUGACGAAGCAUCAGUAUAUUUCCACGUCCUGGCCAACAAUGUUGUGACUGAGAUGAGUACAUGGAAGAUUAGUAUGGAUUUGAUUUUUUGAAACUUAUCUAAAGACAUACACAGUAGUCCCAUUUCAGUAGGGUAUUAUGUUUUUGCAGGUCCACCAAAUAUGGUACAUAGUGCCUUUGUCCGUCAGACACCUCCAGCAUUUAUCUGAACAGCUUGGAAAAAUUUUCGCCAAUCUGUUGUUGGGCUUUUCUUAAAAGAAAACUCCAUGCACCAUAAUUUUUAGUGCAGGAGUGCCCUCGCACCCUUCCAGAGUAAUCUGCCAAGCCAUCAUAGAAAGGCUGUGUCCACAUAGACUGCUUCUGGAUUCUUCUUGCAGGAGAAGCCAGCUAAUUCCAUUGACUUUCGCAUGUCCAGUAGAGGAUCACUCUCAGCUCGUGCUCUCAGCCAAUGUGUGCGAUGAGAAUCCAAAAGCAGGCUGUGAGUCCCGGGAAUGGCCAGAGAGAACUUUAGUGAAUAACCCUGUAAGACUAAAACUACACGGCCAGGGUCUUCGUGGCAUAAUAACCACUAGAGUGUGCUUGCAGUGCUCCUUUACUCGAGGUGUUCUGAUCCUCCAUGAAAAAAUACCUUGUUCUUUCUUGAGUAUAAACCGUUUUACACAUUUAUUGGUUUGCUCUCAAUAUAUCCUGACCACAUGCCAGGUUCUUCAUUGGUUUUCAUUUUUUUUUUUUUACCUUUAUUGGACAACAGUAACUUUCUUUUGGACCAUUGACCAUUAGUAAUUGUCUGCUGUUUUCAGUGUCCUUCUUUUGGAGUUUAUAGUAACUGUAGCAGUAAACAGUGGAGUUAUAAUCCCAAAUCUCCUGUUUUAUUCAAUAAAGUGAGUAUUGUAUUCAUACAAAGUUAGUGAAUUGCAAAACUUAACUCCGUUUUCAUUUAAUUUAUUUUGGACUAAAAUUUAACAUAUUAGUGGCAAACCCUGUGGGAUUUAUUUACUAAACUUAAUUGCAGUGAAUCGAAAUACGAAUUGCAAAAUUUAGGCAAAAAUAACUGAUUUGGAAAAACUCAGCCAUAGUCAUAGCUUGUUUGUUUUUGCCUAAAUUUCGAUGUUCAAUUCACUACAUUUCAAUGUUUUCUGAAUUGUUUUUUGAAAUGGAUUGAGCUGAUCUCACUCCUAUGGAUAUUUCUAACCAACGUAUUUGGUUUCAUCACUUUUUAUUUAUUUUUUUCAUAAAAAUGUCUACUCAAAAAAAACUGUCUACAGAUUAGUUAUGCUAUACCUUAUGCGACCUUAUACUAUAAAGCAUUAUAUAUCUAUAUCAAAUGUAGUUUCAUUUAAGUAAAAAUAUCCUAAUUUGUUUGGAGAAGGGUGUAAAAAAAAAAUGAUGAUUAUUAUUUAAUUAUUUUUAACUAAAGCUAGGCCGAUGCAUCUCAGAAAACACUCUUGUUGUAGUUUUUAGUGAAUUAUACAUCAGAAUCCUUCCGAGUUCGUUCAUUGAUGUCACUAGUGUGUCUAAACUUGGACAGAUCUCAAUGCAUUUGACAUUGACCUUGGCAUAAGUGGAGCAAAUAAAGACUGCUAAAUUAGGCCAGCUUUUUUUUCUUUUUAUUGCACUAAACACCUGUUCCAUGUGCUGCUCGGGUACUUCUUUUUAAACAGUAACUUUUUGUUGUUUGAGUUUGUUCUUUCUGAACUUGUGUGUGUUUGACCUGCAUUGCUCUGACACAAAAACUGUAAAUGCUAUUUUAAUAUUGCAGCGUUUGUCAGUGGAAUCUAGAUUUUAACCGCGAGUCUCCUUUGGGUGUUAAGCGAUACAAAGUAGAUUGUAGUGUGUUCUUUGUGUUCUAUUCAGGAUUACACUGGAUUUUGCUUUUUGUUUUUUUUUAAUGUCAGCAAGGGAUGCAGAUUUAUGUGUCUUGUACUCUCCAAAACUCAAGAAAGCUGAACAAUAAUAAGUUCUCGAACCAAGUCCUGAUGAAACUAAAUCCACCAUGGAAACAUGUAAAACUCUAUAUGCCCACAGAUAGUUUGGUUGUACACCUCUUAAGACAUUGUUAUCUAAUAUUAGAUAUGGGUUGCUUGGAGAAAUGAAAUAAAGAUGAAUAGCAUAUAUUGUUUUUCCUUUCCCUUUGGAGACAAGGGAUUUUGUAUGUUUCUGAUUAAGUUUACUAACUGUAAAUAUAUAUCAUUAUUAUUAUUUACGAAGCUGGAAUUUUUCUAUUAUUAUUUUUUGUGAUUAUUUUCAUACAGAGAUUAGAAAAUAUGUCUUAGUCUUUCAAUUUCACCACAUUCUCUCAUAAUUAUUAUUAUAAGUUAAUAUUUAUUUGUUGCUUCCACCUUGAUUAAGGGCAUGUAAAUAUGAAAAAAUAUAAAUUAUUUUUAAUUGUUUUGGUAAGCAAACAUAAGUCAAGUUGAGGUCUGUCACACGUCCAGCCCCUGCACAUCACCGGUAUCACAUAUUCUCCCUCCUUCACCUAUAUCUUAGUGUAGGGAUGUAUUCGGAUGUAUGGCAUGAAGACAUUUAAAAGGAUAAGUGUGACCAAUAAUGAGAGAUACCAUGUGGUAAUACCUUCUGAACAUUCUAUAUUUUCCGAAAGCUGUUGACAUUUCUUUUUUAUAUAUAUAUAUAUAUAUAUAUAUAUAUUAUUUUUUAAAUAUUUUUCUUUAAUACAUCAAUACAAACAUUAACUUUUAGAUCGCAAUACAUGUAAUCAAAACAAUUAACUUUUUUUCCAUACAAAAAAGAUGUCUAUAAAUUUACAUGGAUUACAGAAUUAAAAUGCAUACAAAAAAGAGCACUCUGACAUACAUUCACUUGCCCCGAGGAAUAAUAUUUACUUUAUUUCUCAUUGUCCAUAUCUAUAUCUACAUUCCCAUUUCCUAUAUUUAACCUACAUCUGUUAUAACUCAUUUUCCCUUGGGGCCCAUUCAUACCUCAGGGGCAUUAUGCAUUAUAUUUAAUUUUUGUUGACAUUUCAGUUGUUUCUAUUGAGUGCUAAUAGCUGCACCUAAUGUAUGCACCUUGAAUAUAGACUACAGUGGUCCUCAAGUUACCCACAAUAUAUAUUUUCAAAUCAUCCAAUAAACACAGAUAACUGUGUUACUUUUUCACACAACAGCUACUCAAUCUAUGAUCAGUUAGUUGGUACUAGAGGGGCCUUGCUGUCAGUUAUAAAUAUCUUAUAUAUAGUCAUUGUUAUAUUAUUCUUAUAUUUAAAUAUUAAUACAUGUAUUCAUUUUCUCUUUAAUUGGGUUUUCCUAUAUUUUUGGGAUUGGGGCUAUCACUGUCAUAGAAAAGUCAAUAUAAAAGAAGCCUUUGCUAUGAUUCGUUGCCAUAUAAUAAGACUUUAUAAAGGAAACCGGUACCUCCGGCUCUUGAACCUCAUUGUAAUACUGCUUAAAUGUAUCGAUGACAUCUUACAUUUUGUGUUCUAACGCAUGUUCUUUUCAAGCUUUUGUGUACAUCCAAGUAUUGCUCUUCCUGGAUCUUCUACUGAUAUUAUAACCAGGAAUAGAAGCCCAUGGUAAAAUAUUUCCCGCGUGUUUAAGGCAAUAACAUAAAAUUAGAUGCCCUUAGAAGAAAACACAACAUAAAGAGGAACUAUUUGACACAAAUGACAGAUCUGAUCUGCUUUCUGGAUAUAUACAGGGACAUUCUCUGAAAUAUGUCUAAAUGUAUGUCUUUGUGCUUUUGCCGUGCAGGACGGAGAAUCUUUUGCUGAAGCCAGCUUUGCAAUGAACCCUGGCGAGAGGAGGGAAUACCUUGACGAUCAGGUUACACGCAAGUCUUUCCCCAAGCAUCGUCUUAUGACCAGUGGACAUAGUUCUUUGCAAAGAGAUGGGCCUGGUUCAUUCCUUUUGGAUCUUCCAAAUUUUCCUGAUCUGUCCAAAGCUGAUAUAAAUGGCCAAAACCCAAACAUCCAGGUAUUUGCAAAUCCUUUUAUUUAAUUUCUCAGCUUCUUUUUGUUAAUAAGUUUUUUUUCUGUACGAUUCCUAUUUUGCAAUUUUUAAAGGGUCAUAAUAGUUAGACUUACCUCUGCUACGUUACUGGACAAACUGGUCAAAACAUUUAUAACGUGAUUGACACCACUUCUCCUGUUCCCCUGUCACAAUGUGUUAGUCUCCCUCAGGUGGAAAGGGACAUCUUAAAGGAGAGAAAAUUUUGUACAAUUCUUGACAUUCAGACCUCAAUUUAAUAUUCUUGGAUAAGCUUUCCAAAUGAUUUAAUGUGUUUGGAUACAUUUUUUAAAUUAUAUUUUUAACAUAUUAAAAUAUCAAAACAUAUUAUAACAUCUGUAAUAAAAUAUAUCAAAAUAUUACAAAAUUAAAAUAUUGAUCAUCGUAUUAAAUCAUUUUAAAAGUUCAGCCAAAAUUAUUAAAUAAUUUGGAAAUCUUAUCCAACAAUAUUAAAUCGUGCACUUAGUGUGUCAGAGAUAUUGCAAAAUAAUACAAAUUCUGCCAAGAUGCCCAAGUGAAAUACAGAGAAUGGCAGUAUUUAUUUCAGGAGUUUGUCCUAAAGAUCACUCAAAAAACUUGUCUCUUGCUGUAACAUUCUUAGAAUGUUAGGUUUAUGAAUGUUUGUCAGACUUCAUUGUUAGAAAGUGUUGAUUAUUCUUGUCUCAAUGUGAAAUCUAUUAACUUUAUGAUUUGUAAGUUUACUUGCAAUAUUUAUGACAAACUCACCUAGUUAGGGGAAAACACAAACUAAAUCAAGCAUUUCUGUCUUUAUAAAAAUAAAAAUUGUAACUUUGAACCACUCAACAUUAGAGCCCGUUGUAGUGGUCAUGGUGCCUGAAGUUCCUUGGUUUCCUCCCACUGUAAGUAGUCAAACCAUAUGUGAACAGUUUGACAGCUUACUUGGGGUCUGCAGGAGAAGAUGAUUGGUUGCCAGUGGACCCCCAGGUAAGUUGUCACAAUAUUCACAAAUGGUUUGACUACCUACCUUAUGUAGGUGCAAAGGUACUCCUUGCAUCAUAGACACUACCGCGGGCUAUAGUGUUCCUUUAAUUAAAAUCUAUUUAUUUUAGUUAUCAUUUUUUAUUUAAUUAUAUUUGAUUUGUGUUUUAACUUGUCUUGGAAUGCUUUUUGUAGCCUGUUUGUUAGAGAUUUCUGUACAGUCUUGAAUUCUAGAUAUUUUUGCUUGUUAGUAAUUUUGAAAAAUCUGGUAAUUGUUUUCCUCAUUACUUUUAUAACUCUGUGACAUCAGUUCAUUUGUAUCAAAACUUUUAUUUGUAUCUACCUUGCAUACAGCUGUAUGCUCAUCACUGCACAUGCUUAAUAUGUCACUGGUAACAUGAAUGUCAUGCAGUGUGUUCUCUGCUCGCGUGAAAUACACCUGCCAAUGGUUUCAUUUCAAUGGACGCCAGUUUGGCGUAGUACAGCACAUGCAGAGCUGCCUUUAGCCAUUCCUUGUUUUGGUGUUAUCAUAGGGUUAUCAUAGAUGAAUCACGAGCUGCAAAAAAGAUACUAGAUUUACAUAUUAAAAUUUUUAAAUAUUAUUCAUGCGGAGUUAGAUCAGCGGUUCCCAAACUGUGUGCCACUGCGCCUCAUGGGUGAUUAUAGCACUGGGGAAACAUUACUGCUGAACAGAGGCCCAGUCGGGUACUGCAAUCCUUUAAGACCGCUUUAAGACUUCCUCCCAGCGCCAUGCAGGGAGACAGCAUGGGAGGGAGAGGAGGCAGCAGGCGGGGAGAGGAACACGAAGAGCUCCAGACCCCUCACUCCCACCAACAGCACUCCAAGCCACCCUCCUGGACACAUAAGGUAAGCUAACAGGAGGGUGGCUGGAGAUAUUAAAAAUAUCACUUGUGUGUGUAUAUGUAUAUAUGAGUGUGUGUGUGUGUGUGCAUGAAUGAAUGAGUGUGUGUAUGUAUGAGUGAGUGAGUGAGUGUGUGUGUGUGUGUGUGUGCGUAUGUAUGAGUGUGUGUGUGCAUAUGUGUGUGUGUCAGGGUGUGUGUAUGAGUGUGUGUGUCAGGGUGUGCAUCUGUGUGUGUGUCUGGUUGUGCUUCUGUAUGUGUGUAUAUAUGUCAGUGUGCUUCUGUGUCAGCGCCUGUUUGUGUGUGCGCAUACAUCUGUGUGUCAGCAUAUGCGUAUGUGCAUCUGUGUGUCAUUGUGUGAUUUUAUGUCAAUGUGUGUAUCUGUAUCAUGGUGAGUGCAUGUAUCAAUGUUUGUGUGUGUCAGGGUGCGUGUGUGUAUGUCUCGGUGUGUAUCUAUGUGUGUGUAUGUGUCGGUGUGUGUAUGUGUCGGUACCUAUAUAAAUUUGUGUGUAUGUAUAUCUGUGUAAGUAUGUAUGUAUGUAUGUGGUAGUGUAUGUACAUACACCUAAGCAGUCGUACACCAGCACAACAUACAAACACACCCCUGCAUUCAAACACAAAUACUUCACACAAAUGUACACCCGCAUUUAAAAGUGAACAUAACAUUCAAACGCAAACAUUACAUACAAACACACCCCUGUUUUAAAACACUAAAAAUAUAUACGAGCACCCCUUCAAACACCAACACUGUACAUUACACUAUAGCGCCAGUAAAUCCUGCAGCGCUGCAUCGAUAUACAACCUAGGAAUUUUGACUUGGGGUGCCAUGGAAAAAUACUGAAAUAUUAAGGGCGCCUUGAACCUAAAAAGUUUGGGAACCACUGGAUUAGAUCAUUGUUGAAAGGAUAUAUUUCUCUUUACUUUAGUAUUAAGGUUUUUUUAAACAAAAAUGUUGCAUCCAUCUUGGUCUGCCUGUUGGUCAUUGUAGCACCUGGCAGUCAGAAUAGAGAGAGCGUACAUAGAAGAGGAGAAAUGAAACAAUGUGUCUUUUCUCCUCUCAUUUGUAACAUGUGCCCUGAGUUGGAUUGUGGUGUCUGUAAUUUCCUAAUUCUUCAAUAUACAUUUUUAAUUAAAUAAAGCAUGGCAUGUAAUCAGUUCAAACACUUGUGUCAUGGCUGAUGUUUUUGUAUUAUUUAGUGGUGUACUUUCUAGAGAACCGGUGAUUUCCUUUUAAUAUACAUACAAAGGAAUGGGUAAUAAGUUAACCUUUUAAAGCAUACAAUAACACAAAUUAUUAUAAAACCUAGAUCAUUCAUUACAUUUUCACCUUCAGGACGAUAUUCUAAUAAAAACAGUUGUUUCGGACAAAUCGAAUCAUCCGACAAAAAGUUUUUGUUCUGGUAGUCCAUAUGGCAUUGUGGUAUUGAUGAAUUUCAUCCAUGCAAACGAUUCGAAAAACAAUAUAAAUAUUAUGUUUUCAUUUUGUAGUGCUCUUUUCCCGACACUAGAUUCACAGAUCAAGUGAGGAAAUUUCUCCUUUUUUUCAUCAACUGGACACUUGAUCUAUGAAUAAAAUGGAAAUUUAGUGGAAAUUCAUCUUUUUGUAAGUCAUUUCUUUUUUUUUUUGACAAAACCCUGAAUCAAGCAUCAAAUGAAACAGUUUAUCCAAUGUAAUUUUCAGUUAUUUCAUGAUACAUAAAUAUGGCAAUUCGGGAGAUGCACUUAUCGGACAACCUGCUGAUUGCUCAAAAUGUGGACAAAUCUCAGUUCGUUUGAAACCGAAUGCACAAUCAAUGCAAAUACUAGCAAUGUGUAGCUAUGAGAUGCUACUCUUUGUAAAGUAAUGCCAAAUCAUGUUUGAUAGGUGCAGCUUAUUCAAAGUGUAUCUUGUAAAAAUCCUGGUCAGAAAACGGAUUUGCAUUCAACUAGAAAGUGAAGGUAUGUGUUAUGUAUACUAAAUCACAAAAUGUAGUGUAUACAGAGCGUUCACAUAGAUGGAAAGGUGAUUACAUAGAUCCACUAAACUGAAAGCAGCAUCUUCUCUUGUGGGGUGUCUUUUCCAUGAACCCCUUGCAACCCUACCUACCCUGAGGACAUUUCUCUCUGUGAUGGUGCUUGGAGGAAGAGAGUAAUUCAUAUUAUUCUGCACUAUUGAAUUCUGGUUGAGUUUUCAGCCCCUGGCAGUUGGACCUACAGAAACAAGUCAACUCUUCCACGUUUGUAAAAGUACAAAAUGGGGGAUGUAUGGAACCAUUCCAUUUGUUGUGCUCGCCAUAGGUACACACCCCAAGAAGACGCCUGUUAACAUCAGCUGCCCAAAUGACAAAAAAUUUGUAAUGCCAAACCAUGGUGGCAGAAGCUGUGUGGAGCUUUAUGACACAUUUUUCCAAAGAUUUGGUUGGUCAUAAGGGACAGUAACCUCUAUUGGAUCAUAUGACAUAUUUUGAUCAUGUCGCAAUUCCAGUGAAAUUCUGAUGCAUUCCGAAGGAGAUUAUCAUAAAAAUUCUAUCAUUACAUAAAAAAAAAAAACCUCAAAAGUGAUAGCACUGCUUAAAUUCUGAAUUCCUGCAAAUCCACUGAAACAAAGGCAGUGCUUUAGAAAAAUGCUGGACAUAUGCUCACUCUACCUAAUUGGAAUUCCAGAUCCCGAGGCUGGAUUAAAAUCUGCCGUUUAAAUCUGUUUCGUAUUGAAUUCCCCGCUGCUCAGCAAACCAGGGAGGGAGUUGAAAGGAUUGCUGAACUGCUUAUGUAAGCCCCGUACUUUCAUCAUUACCAUUGACAUAUAUCCAAAUAAGUAGUUCUUAUAACACACAGCUCUUCCCUGGCAGUUUAUCUAGAAUUGCUCAAUGUCUGCAGACGUCAUUCCCAUGACAGAUGAAGUGCAAAUGUGUCCUACACUGCUUAAAUUGUCCAUUAGCUUUGAUACAAAUGUUGCACGCCACAAAAGAGAUGGACCUGCACUGAUAUAUUACUUUUUUUAUGGAAAUUAAAGUGAACCCCGUCAUAUGAAUUCUUAGUACUGUAUUAAUAAAGGAAAAUUCUGACUUAUUAUUAAUAAAUCUAUGGUAGUUGUUCUUAUGUAGCACUCUGCCUUAGAAAAGCAUCUGUUGUUGCCUUGAUAGUCCCUCAUCAUCUUAGCUUUUAAAAAUAAAUAAAGAUUCAUGGAUUUUCCACUCACGCCAGUACUAGCUGAUCGAAGUCUUAGUGGCCCUUUUUUAUUUGUUGCCUAGCACUGAAACCAUUAAAGGGACACUAUUGUCACCAGAACUCUUUUAGCUUAAUGAAGCAGUGAUGAAUAGAUCAUGUCCCUGCAGUUUCACUGCUCAAUUCUCUGUGAUUUAGGAGUUAAACUGUUCAUGCAGUCCUGCUCCCACCUCCCUGCAUGUGACUUACACAGCCUUCCUAAACACUUCCUGUAAAGAGUCAUCUAAUUAUUGCAAUUUCUUAUUUCAAGCUCUGUUAAUAGCUUGCUAGACCCUGCAGGAGCCUCCUGUAUGUAAUUAUAGUUCAAUUUACAGUGCAGGCGGUGUCAGUCACAACCGGGAAAGGGGGGGAGGGGAGGGGUUUGCUAGGGCUGCAUAAACAGAAACAAAAGUGUUUUAACUCCUAAAUGGGAGUGAAUUGUGCAGUGAAACUUCAGAGGCCUGAUCAAGACACAGAAACUGCUUCAUUUAUAUUUAAGUUGUUUUGGUGACUAUAGUGUCAAUUUAAGAAAGUAACCCCGAGUGCGUGGUUUCUUUCUUAAGGAAAACACUUCUCAGAGGCCAGAAAUUUAGCCCAGGACUGCCACGUGAGACCUAAAUAAAGACUACGAAUGACAAGCAAUCAGAGUUAGAACUUACAAAGUUACAAGGAACCUACAGUCAUGAAAAUAAUAACUUUACUUACCUUUUUUCCAGUGCUCGGACUCCCUUGCUGCAGCCUCCGCUCCGCCUCCAGCAUCCAAACUGACAUAACCCAGUCUAUUGCUUCUUAUUGAGCAAACGCCGCACUCCUCCAAUGAAUGCUUCUCUAAGCAUCCUUGGAUGCCAAGACCAAAUUUCACUGGGUAAUGGAGGAAGAAGCGCCUUGGGGUAAAUUUAACCCUGCAAAGUAAACUUUUAAAUACCGACAAACUGCAAUGCUUUCCGUUGAAGGGUUAAAAUGACAGGAACACUCACAGGGUUAUUACAAUUUAUAUAUCUCCAAUAUGUAAUAUUUUUACAUACAGAACCUGCAGUGAGUUCAAUACAUGGAUUCCACAUUAGUAAAUGGGAUUUAGUCAGCAAAGUCAUGGGGGACUCGGGGGGGAAAUAACCUGGUAACAGGGAAUCGUGGGAUUUGGUAUACAAAGACAAUUACUCUCUUACAGCUUAUACUUAAAACUAUUUAAAGUAAUUUGGGAAUUGACCUCCCCGAUUCAGUAGAUUGUCUCCAGCUUGCGUGCUAGUGAAAAUUGUACCUGGCGGGUCAGACACGAUGCAGCAGCUGACGAGUGUUUGAUGAAUUAUCAUGUUAAUCUUUUUAUUCAGUCACAGGUCAAGGAUAUUCCUCCAUGUAUCCUUAUCUGCAUUAAACCAAACUGCGCAGAUUGAAACUAAGCAGGCGUUGACGUAAGCAGAUAAUCAUUUUGUGUUAGGGUACCAGACAUCACAGCGUUUAAGUCUCCUCCAGAAGUGUAGCAGACUGUUCUGGCAGUAGAAGGGUUAGAAUGACAGCAAAUAUUAGUGCAUUGUCUUAAGAGCAGAGGAAAGCCAGCCUAAUGCUAUGGUUGUGCUUACUGUGUAACUGUACAUUACUGUCUCUUUUGGAAAUGUCAUCGUUUUCAUAAGGCUGCACAGGUCGCCCAGGGCCGAGCAGAUAAUUUUUACACUAAAGAUGAGUAAAUUAAUUUGGCAGAGUUCCUUGUUGUAUAGCCGUAAAGCUUUUCAGACCUCGCUUAUCUAUGUAGAUUUUCUGUAUGUUGGCUCAGGGAUUUAGUCAUUAAACAUUAAAUUAUAAACAGUGUAAGCAUUGCAUGGAAAACCGAAUGUAAAAUUGCACGUAGGUGAAAAGUGUUAAUGUAGAAAAAAUCUCUGGCUUGAGUUAAAGCCACCACUCGGCUAUAAUAGGCACAAUGUUGUAAUUUGUUAUUUUAAAUUUACUAAAAUGUUUUAUUUUUCACUGUAAAAACUAAAGACAUGUAUGAAGAUGUGAAAUGUGUGUUGCUUGUUUGAUCAGAUAAUAAGUUAAUAAAUUAUGUGCAGCCCUCCACCACACACAUCAUGGAGUCCUGCACAAACAACUGCAGCCUACACGCAUUCUAAAAAAAGAAUUAAAAGGAUAAAAUAGCAAAACAAUUACAGGUUUAUUCCCUAAAAUGAGAAUUCAAAGGGAAUUUCAAAUUGAAGGCCAGUGUAGCUAAACUGAAAGUGUAUCUGACUCAGAUUUGAUUGAUUAUAGUGUUAACCCAGUCAAUAGACAUACUGAGACAAAAUAAGGACUAGUUUGUCUCUAGACAAAUUCCUACCCCUGACACUUCUAGUCACAGGGCAGAGCGUCCGCCAUCUAGAAGUGUCAAUCAUCCCCAGCCAUCAGCGGUAAUGGCUGCAGGGAAUUGGUUCUGUCUAUGGAGGAUGCCAGGUUCAGGUAAGUAAAUCUCACCUUUCCCGGCCACCAGACCACCAGCAGCGAUGUCACGUCGGAGGUCUUUGCAAAUUCUGCAUACUAAGAAUAAGACUGGCAAUCUAUGUUUCAGUGAAACUGGGAAAGCACUGUGUGUACAGGGAUAUAAUUCUAGAAUAUCCUUGUGUAAAGGGUAUAGGGCAGGGGUAGGCAACCUUUGCCACUCCAGAUGUUGUGGACUACAUCCCCCAUAAUGCUCUUAGACCCAUAAUGCUGGCAAAGCAUCAUGGGAGGUGUAGUCCAAAACAUCUGCAGUGCUGAAGGUUGCCUAUGCCUGGUAUAGGGUUAGCCUUGUGUAAAAUUGAUUAAUGUUUUGUGCUUGAUUAACAUUUUCAGGGAGAGACGUGUCCUUUUGGGGCUGAAGAUAAAUGAGGUAAAAAUCAAUCUGCUGUAGUCAUGAAGUCAGCCACAUAUUGGCAAGAGUGUGUGUAUUCAGUCCUACAUUAUACAUAUAUAUAAAUAUUGGGUCAUUUUCUUACAUGAAGUGAUCUGGUUGUCACAUUUCCCUUGUUUGAACCCUGCAAUGAAAACCACUGCCUUCCACUGAAAGGGCCUCUGGUUGCUCUCACUCUGACAGCCACUAAAAGGCGCUUCCGCUAAGAUAGUGGAGUAAAACCUAGUUUUGCUGUGCAUGAACACUCGCCUCCUAAUGCUUUCCUAUGGGAAAUGAUUAGAUUGGCUGAGAUCAUCGAUCUCCAUGAUCUCAGCCACGAAGGCAGGACAGCAGCACGGAGAACAUUCCUGCAAAGAAAGCAGGGGUAAGUAGUACUGCUCUUCCACUCCUUACAGCGGAGGGCAGGCUACCUAAACUGCUAACAGGCACUAUAGUGUUCCUUUAAGUUUGGCACGGGUCUUAUAUGCAAUCAAAUAUUCCAUCCUGGAUAAACUAGGAAAGUGACCAACAACAGCUGGUCUACCCCAGCAAGCUUAGCUAAACCAUAACAGAUAAUGACCUGUUGGUUGUUUUUACAUGUAAAUAGGUUAAGGGGUCAUGUGUGAAAGUGCAAGAAUUAAAUAUCUGGCAUUUGGUUAUAAUGUAUUUCAGUGUGCUGGUUAAGCUACAUAUUUCUAAGUAGGCACUCCCUAACCAAACGGCACACUGUCUGUGGUGUGUUGGGUACCUUACCUUGGGUCUCAUGUGGAUCUACAUCAUACAUUAUAAAUUAACUAAUAUAAUACGCAUAUGGUUAUACUUAUAAAUUAGCUAGUACAGCGUACUUGAAUGUUAAAAGGUUGUCCCACAGGCACUGAAUGCGUAUUAAAAUGUUUUUUUUAUAUACAGAACAAAACGAAUUCCAUUCAUCCACAGACCCCAAAAUUAUUUGCUAUGUUUCUGCCUGAACAAAAGAUUGCAGCGAACUGUGAGAUAGGUACCGGGUUCUCAGAUCCGAUUAUUUGUGUGCGGCAUACAUGCAUAGCUUUGUGUGUGUGUGUGUGUAUACUAUAUGUUUUUAAUAUGAUGGUGCUUAACUGUUAAAUCUGUUUGAGCAGAAAAGUGGUUUUACUGAGAACCAAGAUGUUUAGAACUCGGCAUUUAAAGGUCCCUUUCUAAAUACAGAUGUUAGCAAUUUAAAUGUCUUGUUCUGAGUGCUAUUUCCUACCUUUUUAAGUAAUGCAAACUGUUAUUUCAGUAAUGCCUGUAAUUUCUCUAAUCAGGUCAGUUUAUCGUGAAUGGGGAAUAGAGUGGUUUACUUAUUAAAGUCAUUGUGCUGUUCACAUGUGCUCAGAUCAGUCAGAUAUAUAUAUAUUAAAAAAAAAUUGUGAUAGUUAAAAUGGUUGCAGGAAUUGAAUUACACACACCCUGACAAAAGUAUGUUUUCCUUUAUAUUUCAGGAGAGAUUCCAUUAUUAUUCUUUUGUGAAACUUUGCAAUGCCCUCAGAGAAUUAUUAUAGUUUAAGUUAAAUUGAAGGACAGUACGUAUGUGCCGGUCAAAAAAAAUCUUUCUCUUACGGGAAAAGAAUUAGUAAGGCUUGUCUGCAAAUGGCUGACUUUGAACCGUCUGACCUCCAUGAGUGUAAUAACUGACUUGGAAAACUUUCAAAUUGGCUAAUCAUGAAUAGUGAAUCAAUUGCGAAAGUCAUAUCCAGUUGGAUACAAUUAUAAAGUUAGCCAACGUCUUAUACAUAGUAGCCAACUUUCUAUAGGUACAGUGCAAACAUACAGUAUUUCCCCAUGGUUCAUUCUUAAUCUAUUCUAUCAUGUCACAAGUUUAAAAAGAACAUAACGAAAUUGAAUUCUGUGUGAUAAUAAAUAAAAUAGCACAUUGUUAUUCCAAUUAGAAAGGUAGUUCCCCAAAACAUCACUCAUAAAAAGAAUCGUACUAACGUUUUAGAAUUUAAAAUUCACUCUUAACGCAUUAUUUAGGUUAUUUGAGUGAAUAAUCCUCCUGAUAUCCCCUGCAAAAUAUAAUCCUUAGGUACAUUAAGAAAACAAAACACGUAAUUUUCACUAAACUGAAUGCUACCAAAGUAAAAUCCAAAUGGCAAAAUUUAGGUUAAAACAUUACUAUAGCUGAGCCAAUUUUUCCAUUUUAAUUUUAGUUUGCUGCCAUUUAUUAGUUAUCAAAUAAACCCCUUUGUGUAUUUAUGUAUAUAUAUAUGUGUAUAUAUAUAUAUAUAUAUAUAUAUAUAUAUAUAUAUAUGUAUAUAUUUCUUAGCAUAUAUACGGCAAUGCCAAUGACAUAACAACACAUGGUCUCUGUGUAAGACAUUGGCACUGUGUGGUUCGACAGUGAAUAACGCGAACAUGGUAGUAAAUAUUUCACAGUCUAGGUCUUUGCCUUUGUGUCUGACUUAAGGCUGAUUAAAAGUCCAUUCUUCCGCAGUAUUCUUGGCUGAGUUCACUAGAUCAUUCAUUGACGGGAAAUGUUGCUUGCCCCACCUGUGCUGAGCAAUUGACACCUUUUCAAAAACGUCUGCCCUAUUAAGUAGCAUUUGACAAUCGUAGCUGCAAAUUACUGCUGUAGACUGUUUAAGCAAACCUGAAAAUGCACGGUUAUAGACCAUCUGUUACUUUUAUAGUAAGGCACAAAGUCAUUCUGGCAACCGCAAUAUUAAACAUCUGUGCGGCAUUGUCAGCCCAUUGCCUGUCUUUACUCUCCGUAUAAUGAGACUGUAUCUUUAACGUUUUAAAGUUUGGCAUUAAACUUGGUACAUUGUGCAGGACUUGUUAUUCUUCUUUGCUCAACAUGUCCGAAAACAACAUUUAUGAUAAACCAGCACGAACAUGACAUGUCAGGUUUUAUUUUCUGUCUUUUAUUUUGUUUUUGGUUUUUUUGCGAGGCUCUAAAUUUCCACCCAAUAGGUGUAUAUAUAUCUAUAGUUAUAAGAGUCUUAGAAUUUUCACUGUGAUUUUCACAGUGAGAAGCACGCAAACGCCUCUGGCGGCUGUCAAUGAGACAGCCACUAGAGGCUUUAGAGGCUGGAUUAACCUAUUUCUCUAAAACUGCUAUGUUUAUAAAAAAAAUGGGUUAACCCUAGCUGGACCUGGCACCCAGACCACUUCAUUAAGCUGAAGUGGUCUGGGUGCCUAGAGUGGUCCUUUAAGUGCACCCACACUUAUUAUAUAUCAUUUUGUUCAGGAGAAACAGGGCUUUAAUUUAUAAUUAACUAUUCAUAUAUGGAACAUAAUUUAUUAUGAAUAAAAUAAAAAAAAGUGAGAAAAUAAGAUUUCUUUUUCAAAUUUGUAUUUCCGUCUGACAUUUUAGCUGUUAAUGUCAUAAUACUGUUAGGUUUUACUGCAAAAAAAUGCACAUAUUUGUAAUCAGCGAUGUCUCACGAGUACAACAGUACCCCUCAUUAACAGGUUUUAUGGUGUUUUGGAAAGUUACAGGGUCAAAUAGAGAACGUUCUAUUUUCAAAUUGAAAUUUGCCAGAUUAGUAAUGUUACCUUUGAGACGGUGUGGUAGCCCAGGAAUGAGAAUUACCCCCAUAAUGGCAUACCAUUUGAAAAAGUAGACAACCCAAGGUAUUGAAAGUGGGGUAUGUAGUCUUUUUUAGUAGCCACUUAGUCACAAACACUUGCCAAAGUUAGCGUUCAUAUUUGUUUUUGUGUGGAAAAAGAAAAAAACUAAUAUUUGGAAAGUGUUUGUGACUACGUGGUUACUAAGACUGGACAUACCCCACUUGCAAUACCUUGGGUUGUCUACUUUUGCAAAUGGUAUGCCAUCAUGGGGGUAAUUCUCAUUCCUGGGCUACCAUACGCUCUCGAAGGCAACAUAGCCAAUCUGGCAAAUUUCAAUGUCAAAAAAAUGAAAUGCAAGCCUUAUAUGCGACUCUCUAACUUUCCAAAACACCAUAAAACCUGUACAUGGGGGGGUACUGUUAUUCUCGGGAGACUUCACUAAACACAAAUAUUAGUGUUUUAAAACAGUAAAACAUAUUACAACAAUAAUAUAGUCCAUAAAAGUGCCGUCCGUUUGUAAAGAAUGCAAAAAACGUAAUUUUUACUUAACAUAUCAUCGUUGUAAUACAAGUUAUUAUUUUGAAACACUAAUAUUUGAGUUCAGCGAAGCCCCCCGAGUAAAACAGUACCCCCUAUGUACAGGUUUUAUGGUGUCAUGGAGAGUUACAGGGUCAAAUAUAGUGCUUGCCAAUUAAAUUCUCUGCACUUUCUCCCUGUGUUGUCAGGCAUGUCAAUCAAAUUUUAAUUAAUCAAAUCACAUAAUUAUGUUAAAAGAUUACUUAAAUAUACACGUAGAAUUUUAAUAUAUAUGCAUUUAUAGGUAUUUAAAUUCUACGUGUAUACUAAUGUAAUCUUUUAUGUAAUUAUAUGUAUUUAUCUAUAUAUAUAUAUAUUUGCGGUUAUUUGUAUUUUGUAUAUAGAUAGAUAUAUAUAGAAUGUGAUUCUAAGUGUAUUUUGUUACCAAUAUAUAUAUAUUAAUAACAAAAUACAGUUAGAAUGAAAUUACAUAUGUAUAUAUAAUUUAUACUAAAUUUUGUUUCAAUAUUUUAUUUAUUUAUUUUAUUAUUUUAUUUAUUUAUUAUUGUAAUUAUACGUAUAUAUAUAUAUAUAUAUAUAUAAUAUGUGUAUAUAUCUAUUAUAUAUAUAAUAUAUAUACAUAUUAUAUAUAUGUAACGUCAUUCUAAGUGUAUUUUAAUACUAAUAUAUGUACUUAUAUUAAUAUUAAAAUACAUUACGUAUGACGUUACAUAUAUAUAAUAUGUAUAUAUAAAAUAUAUAUACAUAUAUUAUAUAUAUAUAAAAAUACUUUUAAUUUAUUUUAUAACAUGUUUAAUUAAUUUUUACUUUCCCACCAGCAGGGGGACUGUCUGACUUUUCAGACAGUCCCCCUGCUGGCAGAUCCAUAGCCAGCUAUAGGGGGCCAUGUGAUCGCUCUUUGAGAGCGAUCACAUGGCCCCCGGGGGCCUCACUUUCCGGAGGAGGGCUGUCUGGGCUGUCAGGCAGCCCUCCAGAAGAGGAUCGUGGCAGAGGUAAGUACCUCCAAUCGCCAGGGGCAGAAAGCUUUAAAGCCGGGACGGCAAAGAACACCGUAACGGCGUUAAGGGGUUAAGCAUUUAUUCCACAUACUGUAGUAAUGUGGCAGUUUUUUGUUCAAAGAUGUCGCCCCUUUUCUUGGACAUUGUAAACUUUGAAGUUUUUGAGAAACAUUACUGUUAAAGGGACACUGUAGUCACAAAAACAACUUUAGCUGAAUUAAACAGUUUUGGUGUAUAAAUUGUGCCUCUGCAGUCUCACUGCUUAAAUCUCUACCAUUUAGGAGUUAAAUCACUUUUUACAGCUCUAGCCACACCUUCCUGCAUGUGACUUGCAUAGCCUUCCUAAACACUUCCUGUAAAGAGUCAUCUAAUGUUUACACUUCCUUUGUUGCAGACUCUAUUUAAUUCAGAUUUUUUUUUUCAUCUCCUGCUCUGUUAAUAUCUUGCUAGAUCCUGGACGGGCCUCAUGUAUGGUAUUAAAGUUUAAUUUACAGAGCAGGAGAUAAAAACUCAAAGAAAGUUACAUCUGAUUAAAAAUGAAAAAAAAAUUUCCCAUGCAGGCUGUGUCAGUCACAGCCAGGGGAGCUGUGGCUAUGGCUGCAUAAACAGAAACAAAAGUGAUUUAACUGCUAAAUGGCAGAUAAUUGAGCAGUGAAACUUCAGAGGCAUGAUUUAUACACAAAAACUAUUUCAUUAAAGGGACACUAUAGUCACCAAGUACAGCUUAUUGAAUUUGUUCUGGUGAGUAGAAUCAUUACCUUCGGGCUUUUUUUCUGUAACCACUGUCUUUUCAGAGAAAAUGCAGUGUUUACAUUACAGCCUAAUGAUAACUUCACUGGCCACUCCUCAGAUGUUGUUAGAGAUCCUUCCUGGGUCAUGGCUGCCUAAAAUGCAUCCAAACAUUCAGUAUCUCCUCCCUCUGCAUGCAGACACUGAACUUUCCUCAUAGAGAUUAAUUGAUUCAAUUCAUCUCCGUAAGGAGAUGCUGAUUGGCCAGGGCUGUGUUUUUGAAUCAUGCUGGCUCUGCCCCUGAUCUGCCUCUUUGUCAGUCUCAGCCAAUCCCGUGGGCCAAUCAUCAGGCCACCACUUCUGAUGAUGUCAGCAGACUGCAUGUUUUUUUGAGGCAAACAGCAUGCAGAUCUACAGCUUCAGACUUGAGUACAGUAAGAUUUUGCUAUAUUUAUGGAGGCAUGAGGGACCCAGAGGGGCUAGAUGGUGGUUUUAACACUAUAGGGUCAGGAAUACAUGUUGGUGUUCCCGACCCUAUAGUGAUCCUUUAAGCUAAAGUUUUUUGGUGACUAUAAUGUCCUUUUAACAGUUUGCCAAAACCACAUCGCUGUUGAAUGUCAAACUUUAAAAUCUUUGAUCUUUAAACAUUUUCACAUUCAGCGUCCUCAAAAUCAGCAAGAGGAGUCUGAACAAGGCUAUUUCUUCUUGCAGAAGAAUGAUUAGAAUCAAUAUUUGAAGAGAAGAGUAGAAAUAUGUUUUUAAUAGUGGACACACUGUCCAUUUAAAGGAAUGAAAAUUUCAGUUGCAGAUUUAUACAGGACACGGGGGAUGCUUUUCUGUUCUGUGUAUCUGAAUUUUAAAGUUGUGGUUACUAGCAGGAGUAUUAGAGUAUGUGUUUUAAUGUAUCUGAAUCAUGUCUUUUGUUAUUAAAGUUCAUUUUUAUUAUUAAAGUUCAAUUUACAUGUCUUCUCUGAGAAUGCUGGGAAAUUCACUAAAAUGUGAACUGUCAUCAGUUUCAAAUUAUGGGCCAAAAAAAAGCCAAAUUGAAAACUUAGAUGGUGUGGCGAAUUUCAGUGUUUGACUGUUGUGGCCUAAAAUUCAAAAUCAAUUUUCAGGGUUAUUCAAUAAAAUGUGCAUAGUUAGGAAUUCAAGGACAAUUUAACAUUUUAAGUCACAGCCAAACCAAAAACUAUUUUGCCUAAAAUGUGUGUUGAGUUUGCAAGAAAGAUCCGAUUUUGUACAAAACCACAAAACUAACCUUUUCAUGUUUGCGGAAUCUUUUGAAUAUAAUUUUAUUUUUAUUGAUUCAUUUUCAGUGUUUUAGUUUUCUGCAUUCGGACAGUGAUCUCGGUGUACUUUACAGUACCAUACAUUGUGUUUGUUUGUUUGUUUGUUUACUCUGCAAAUGCUAGGCCACAAAACUGUAGGGUCCAUUUUUAAGAGCAGGUAUAUUACACCACAAAUGAGCUUUCCUUUUCUUCCUUCCCUGCUCUGCAAUUUCUCAGGUUACAAUUGAGGUUGUUGACGGCCCUGACACAGAGCCGGAAAAUGACAUGCAAAAGGAGAAUAAGCCCAGCUGGCCGGUUCCAUCACCUGACUGGAGAAACUGGUGGCAGAGGGCAUCAACUCUACCAAGGAUAAAUUAUGGAGACCAAGAUAACAAAUAUGACAGCACGACUGAGGACAGCAACUUCCUAAACCGUCUUGGCGGAUGGAAUAGACAAGGGCCCAGUCACAGGACGUAUGAUGUAAAAGAACAAGCUGAGUACGGUAUGUUCAUGUUGCCCUGAUCAUUAUAUGGAUCUUUAUUUAUUUUAUAGACUUAGACAAAAACGAAUCAUGAACUACGCGGCUCCUUGAAGGGCAAAUACAUGUACAAUUUUAUGGCAAAGAGGUGAUACGGAUGAACUAUCAACAUGGAGACAAAUAAAAUAUUUAAUCAUAUUUGGCACUUUGAUCAGAAGUUGUCUUGGUCCUUUGUGUCUCUGCUAUUAGUUGGAUAGUUUAAUCAAGAACGAUGUAUCAAAAAUGAUUUGCAGGCAUUCAAAAGAAUGAUUUAUUAUUUUAUUUAGCAAAGCAGUUCAUGUUGGAAGUGAUAUGUAUUUUGUGAAGGUGCACCUCCUGGAUUUUGUUUUCUUUUGCUUUUAUUAUUUUCUUUAUAUAUUUGUGAGUGCACUGUCCUUGUUUGGAUUCUGGUUUAGAAUAUUGUGAAAGAAUGUGAGCAUCAAACAGAUAUGUAGUAAGAAAUAAUAUGUCAUUGCAAUAUGAUUCCGUAUUGCAGUUAGACCCAUGGUGUAAAAGUUAACCUGAGCACAAAUCGGUCACAAACUAUGUUCUCCCAACUCAUUUCCUGUAAACGUAGAGGAUAGUGUAGACCAGUGGUUCCCAAACCAAUUGUCACACCCCCUACCAGUCCAGGAUUUAUGGAUUACUCAGUUGUGUCUAAUUUGUUUUUUUAUUAAAAACAGUUUAGACAAACUUGGGCAAUCCCUAAAUCCUGGGUUGGGGAGAGGAUUGAGGUGCUUAAAGUCUGGUAAAAGAAAUGUGUUCUUUUAAUAAAACCCACAUGGUGUACACAGCCAUGCAAGACUUACCCACGGCCUAUAGCUCCACUCGAGGCCAGGGAGGCAGCCAACCCUCUGCCUACUGUUGGAGCUUGUUGUAUCUGAGUCCUGUUCCUCCCUCCACUGGACCAGUGGGGGUUAUCUCGGUCCCCACUGGGGGUUUUUGCAUGGCCACCUGGCCAAGACCCAAGUCUUUCUGGCAAGUUGGAGAGCUGAGGCUAAGCAUCCAACUUGGCUUCCCCGUUGGGGCCUACAGUCAGAGACACCUCCCUGCAGUCGUCCUGGAGCCAUUGCUUGUGACAUUUGACCACAUUUGUGCAUUAUUUUGGGCGAAGCUCAACGAAAGGCAGCUUACCUCUUUUCCUGUUGUUCAACGCAUGGCACCUAGGAGCCGUCCACCACCGAAAGUGCACGGCUACCUCACUUGUUCCCAGAGAGGCGCAGCACGAGAGAGGCCGCAAGAACCCACUGCAACGUAUUCGCCGCCAUCUGCCCCAGUUGCAGAGAAGGAGGCACCUUUGCUCAUGACGCGUCCAUGCUGCUCCAGAGGCCUAUCUAUCAUGCAGCUGGGAGCGCAGAACUGCGAGUCUGCGGAAGCAAACUCCAACCGACACACAGAUGGUCUGCCUGGGAUGCCCUGGAUUGGACUCUCUGGGGGCUUGGGCUUCAGGGGAAAGAGUGAUUGGAGUGGCUGAGGGUGAUGGGAGCUGGGUCUCUUUAACCAGGGGCAUAGGUUAGGUGGCACAUUGAUCUUACCUACUGCUGGGCUGUUAUGCAGCUGUUCUCCUAAUGCACUUUGCUUGCUGUUUUACCCCACCACAGUGCUCUGUCUGCUUGGCUGCCAUAGUAUUACCAACCCCCUGGUGGUAUUUACCUCUUGCAGUAAACCCCUUGCCCUACAGUUUUCUCUGCCAUACCUACACUCAUUUUAUCACAAAUUAUUAGAGCUAUGUUUUUGCUGUUUCUUUACCUAUUACUGUUAUAAAGUGCAGUGCUCAUCUUGUUUAUAUUUAGUUUAUCUCAUAUAUGUCUGGACGGCUUUAUUAACCUACAGGCUAACUUCAUGAUCUCUCUACAAACAUGUGUCUAGCAAGACCACCCACACUUUAUUUAGUCACCCAUCAUUUGCACAAUCUCCUUUUUCUUUCUCAAGGAACAUAGGAAGCACAGAAACGGCCAGGCCUAGUGGAACCUCAUAGGUGUGGCUAAAUUAACUAUUAAAGUAAAAUAUUACACCAAACCUUUGCAUUUCUUUAGCCUAAAUUCACCUUGCCCUAGGCUAGAAAAUAAUGAGAAAAACGCACAGCCACUGUACUUUAUACAUCCAGCCUCCAAUAGCUGUGUGCCAAAUCUGAUGACAUCAUAGCGUUGGAAAUACAAACUUGUAUUUCUAACGCUAUAGAGCCUCUGUUCCUAGUUCUAUUAAGGUCUCCUCCCACUCGCUUGCUAUAAAAAUUAAGAAAAUAAAAGAUUUACUAACCAUUUUCCAGUAUAGUGGUUCCCUCAGUGCUGCUUAAUUCUCGAUUUCUCAAUAGCAGACCAUUGGGAACCUAAUGUAUAUAUUUGGCAAGUCCUCAUCCAUUCAAGCUUCCCCAUAGGAAAGCAUAUUUUUAAAUGUAGAAAAAAGGAAGAAAAAACCCCAAAAAGGGAUGUCUUAUAUAAAGACCGCCCAGAGGGUAAAUACCCAGUCCAAUCUCAACAGUAGUGUAGUUGCCAAAAAAUAAAAAAUCCUUUAUUGAAAUCUAUUAAAAAACCUGGGUAAUCAGUGAUGGACAGAAUAAUAUAGGGAGAAAUAUGUAUGGUAGGAACAAGGCUAAUCAAGAGCCAACCCUCACAAGAAGCGGAGAGGGGAUAGAAGGCAAUAUGUACCCCCAUACAUAACUCAGGUAACAAAGCAGUAGGAAAGAACAGGGAAAGGGAGAAACACACACUCCCAACCAAACAGUAGUGCUAUGCUAAUACCCUAUCUCCUAUAAAACACCUUCGUGGGUGUUCUAAUCUAAAUGCUGUCAUAACAUCUGAAGCCCCAGGUAACACACACAUACUAGAAAAACAUAAAUGAAAAGGUGCUCAGAGCAAAGUGCUCAAGAGAGUAUUAAAAACACAGAAGAACCCGACGUACGUUUCGGCGUGACCACACGCCGUCCUCAGGGGUAUCAGCAGUGAGCAAAAAACUGUCCGGGUGGUAAAUUUAUACCUUAAGCUCAUAAGCUUUAUUGUAAUCACCUGUGAUUGUGUCUAAAUUGCUCCGGUCCUCCUGCGAAUGGGGCUGUGGGGGUGUGGUGUAACACACCAUAGUGUCAGCCCACAUUUCUAUGUCAGAGGUAGCCAGAACAGAAAUCAGGUGAAAGGGAAUUAACCCUUUGAGUGCCCCGCCCGGAACAGAUAUAAAUGGAUACUUACUAUAUCUACAAGGCAGUAUCCAUAGCAUAACAAUUAACCCUUGGAAUGUCCAAAUUGUAUCAUAUAGGUCAAGUGUGUGGAUUGAUUCUUAUGGCUGUAUUGUGUAGCUUUAGUACAAUUAAAGAAACAACUUAUAACCGUUGUGAACCAGUAAGGGAUAAGUACAAUGGCUAUAUGGGCAGUCAUACACAGAAGCCGACAAUUCUUUUAUUGCCACUGUAAAUAGUAACCCAUUAGUUUAUGCAACACAAAACAGACCCCUAAACUCUUAGACCUAUAAUACAGGUAAAAUUAAUGGACAUAUGAACACCAAAUAUAAUAGAAAUAAAUAAAGAAUAUAUACAUAUAUACAGGCAUAACUUAAGAUACCAUUUAUUAUCAGAAUUAUUGCAGUACUUUAAAUAAACGGGGAAUAUGAAAACCCUUCAUUUAGCCCCAGGGGAGAUAGCGUUUUGAGAUGGUAAAUCCAAAACGCCUCUCUUUGUCUUAGUUUUAGGUCCCAGUUUCCUUUCCUAGGAGGCUGUGGUACAAGACCUUGAUACAUCAGAGAGAUUCAAAGAAUUUGUAUGUCUGCUGAACAGCAACGAUUUUAACUUACGAUUCAUUAGUGAAGUAGGGGGUCAAAACCUUUUCUUUCUAGAUCUAGCACUACAGGUAUCUAAAGAAGGCAAAAUUGAAACAACCUUGUACAGAAAGAAGACAGCCUCAAAUAACCUGCUAUGCUGGUCUAGUCAUCACCCCAUAUCACUCAAAUCCGGUAUCCCAAUAGGCCAAUAUUUGAGACUUCGACGAAACUGCUCCACGAUGGAGGAGUUCAAAUUAAAAGCAAAUGAGCUGCGUCACAUGUUUAAGGCCAAAGGUUACCCAAAUAGGGUUCUGAAAAGAGCCUAUCUGAGGGCAAUCCACACUGAACGGGAAACCCUAAUUACAGAUGGGGGUCGUAAGACUGAGGAAAAUAAAAUACGCUGCAUAGGUACAUAUGAUGCAGGAUGGGACACUAUGCUGAAUGUCUUUCAAAAAUUCUGGCCUAUCCUCCAAUCAGAUAAGCAUCUGAAGGAAAUUCUGCCAUCACUCCCUUCAAUUACAGCACGGAGGGGCAAAAACUUGAGAGAUAUCCUAGCACCUAGUCACCUCUCAACUACGUCCCCGUCAGGUUAUUUUCAAAAAUACCUACCAAUGGGUUCUUUCCAAUGUGGUCACUGCAGUGCAUGCCCGUUUAUUACCAAGAGGGCCUCUGACAGCAAGGGCUUAAUGAAUUUCAAACCACGUUCCUUCUUUAAUUGUAACACAACAGGAGUAGUUUACCUACUGUCUUGCUCCUGUGGCCUAAAAUAUGUAGGCAAGACUUUUCUCCACUUCAGGCUAAGGAUACGUGAACAUGUAAAUUCUGUCAAGAGACGUUUGGAAACACCCGUCUCAAGGCAUUUACAUCUACAUCACAAUCACUCCUCGGCAGGCAUCCGGUUCAUGGGUCUUGAACAUGUACCACAGCCUCCUAGGAAAGGAAACUGGGACCUAAAACUAAGACAAAGAGAGGCGUUUUGGAUUUACCAUCUCAAAACGCUAUCUCCCCUGGGGCUAAAUGAAGGGUUUUCAUAUUCCCCGUUUAUUUAAAGUACUGCAAUAAUUCUGAUAAUAAAUGGUAUCUUAAGUUAUGCCUGUAUAUAUGUAUAUAUUCUUUAUUUAUUUCUAUUAUAUUUGGUGUUCAUAUGUCCAUUAAUUUUACCUGUAUUAUAGGUCUAAGAGUUUAGGGGUCUGUUUUGUGUUGCAUAAACUAAUGGGUUACUAUUUACAGUGGCAAUAAAAGAAUUGUCGGCUUCUGUGUAUGACUGCCCAUAUAGCCAUUGUACUUAUCCCUUACUGGUUCACAACGGUUAUAAGUUGUUUCUUUAAUUGUACUAAAGCUACACAAUACAGCCAUAAGAAUCAAUCCACACACUUGACCUAUAUGAUACAAUUUGGACAUUCCAAGGGUUAAUUGUUAUGCUAUGGAUACUGCCUUGUAGAUAUAGUAAGUAUCCAUUUAUAUCUGUUCCGGGCGGGGCACUCAAAGGGUUAAUUCCCUUUCACCUGAUUUCUGUUCUGGCUACCUCUGACAUAGAAAUGUGGGCUGACACUAUGGUGUGUUACACCACACCCCCACAGCCCCAUUCGCAGGAGGACCGGAGCAAUUUAGACACAAUCACAGGUGAUUACAAUAAAGCUUAUGAGCUUAAGGUAUAAAUUUACCACCCGGACAGUUUUUUGCUCACUGCUGAUACCCCUGAGGACGGCGUGUGGUCACGCCGAAACGUACGUCGGGUUCUUCUGUGUUUUUAAUACUCUCUUGAGCACUUUGCUCUGAGCACCUUUUCAUUUAUGUUUUUCUAGUAUGUGUGUGUUACCUGGGGCUUCAGAUGUUAUGACAGCAUUUAGAUUAGAACACCCACGAAGGUGUUUUAUAGGAGAUAGGGUAUUAGCAUAGCACUACUGUUUGGUUGGGAGUGUGUGUUUCUCCCUUUCCCUGUUCUUUCCUACUGCUUUGUUACCUGAGUUAUGUAUGGGGGUACAUAUUGCCUUCUAUCCCCUCUCCGUUUCUUGUGAGGGUUGGCUCUUGAUUAGCCUUGUUCCUACCAUACAUAUUUCUCCCUAUAUUAUUCUGUCCAUCACUGAUUACCCAGGUUUUUUAAUAGAUUUCAAUAAAGGAUUUUUUAUUUUUUGGCAACUACACUACUGUUGAGAUUGGACUGGGUAUUUACCCUCUGGGCGGUCUUUAUAUAAGACAUCCCUUUUUGGGGUUUUUUCUUCCUUUUUUCUACAAUUUCCAGGGUUACCCCCUUUUACCAGUCCAGGUGACCUCUAUACUCUGGAGGCUCGGCAGUGGGAUACGGGAGUGUCUUUUCCUCCCCUCCCACUUUCCAGCCUUUUGAGUUUCCUUUUUCUUGUUAUUUUUUUAAAUGUGUUCCCUCAUCAAAUGACCAAGUUUUACUCAGUCACUGAGUGCCUCUAGUAGGUGUCAGUUUAACACCUGGAUGGUUUAAUGGACAGCUCAACUGCACCUAGACAAGUUCUUUGAGAAAGAAAUUAUCUGACUCCCUUUACUGUAUCCCCCAUCAAGUCAGGAUAUGUAUUUAAACGUGUAAAUUUUACAGUGAGAAGGCAGUUAGCCUCAACAUGUGAGGUACAUUGCAAAGGUAAACCACCAUUUCUCACUGAGUUGUUAAAUUUUGCUUUAUAGAUUAUGCUGACGGUGAAGGCGGUUGGAGCACUUGGUCUAUAUGUAGCGUCACCUGCGGUAGCGGAAAUCAGAAACGAACAAGAUCUUGUGGCUAUGCCUGCACGGCCACCGAGUCUAGAACCUGCGAUAUGCCAAACUGCCCAGGUGUGUAUCAUUAUCAGAAAUGAGAGGGGAAGUAAUUAUUUGAAAUGGAAAAAUAAUUUAUCUGGAUAGCCAUGGGGCAGGCAAUGUUCGGCGACGGCAGAUGUAGUGUAUUACAUCUACCAUAUAGAUCUUACAGCCAUAAUGAUGGCAAAGGGUAGAUGUACUCAGCAACAUCUGGAGUGUCGAUGGUUGCCUAGCCCUUGCUCUCAGUUCAGCGGUUGAACUACAAGUACAUGAUCUGGUUUUGAGAACUGUACAUCAACCCCAUAUGGAGGCCUGCAUGUCAGUUAUGCAUGCUCUAUUAAAUGUGCACACACAAAAAAAAAAGCCUUUGCAUAAUGUCAGCUGGAAAACUAAAACAAAGGAGAAAGAAGCAAAAAAUGCUUUUUUUCCCCCCAGUGUCUCUGACAUGACUGCAGAACACCUGCAAAGAAACGCAUGCAGUCUCUUGGCACACACAAUGCAUUCCAGAUGGCUUGAUAAUACAUUUCUUGCAUAUUCCAGCUCCAAAAAAUGGAUUGUGACUGUAAGCAGAAGAGGAAUGGUAUAAUGGUGUAGAAGGAAUACAGGCACAUUGUGAUAGCUAUAACCUUACAUUGGUACCUUGUGUAAUUUAUUAUUUAAUUCUGUACCUUCAUGGUGAUGAUAAUAUCAGUUACGUUUGUUUUUCAUUGCUGUAUUGCAUGUUUUUCCGACAUAUUGAGGGGGGGGAUUGUGGAACGUCAUUAUUAGAUGACCACAUUCUGCAGCCAGUGCUUUUAAUUUUUAUGACAACAGAAUAUCACUUUUAUAGAACAGUGUACAGAACAUAUCAUCAGCACAGGUAACGACCCUUCUGGCAUUUUUGGUGAUCGCAAUGUAAUAAAACUAACAUUGAACGUGAGUAUUUAGUAAUAUAAUUCAUAAUUAAGAAACAACAUAUUGACAUGGCAAAUACCAUCUAUAACGACACAGAAAGGGCAUAUUUGUGAUAUUUUGUAUAAAUUAGCUUUUCAAAUGAUUCUCUGGUACCAUGACAUGUAGUGCACUUAUUCUCAUUUUUGGGAUAGAUUCACAAGAUGUCAAAAUGCCAUUAUACUGGAGAUCCAUGGAAAAGAUAGGUUAAUUCUCUCAGCAGUCUGUCAUCAUCAGGCAGGAAUGAUGUAAAAAAUAAUACAAAUUAAAUAAAUAUAUAUAUAUAUUUAAAUCGUUAGUCAUAACUGCAAAAAUCAGUAAUAGAUGUGAUAUGUUCUGACUUCUAAGACAUGAUAGCAGAAUAUUAACCAUGUGUUUCAGUUACAAGCAGUAUGUGUGUAUAUAUAUAUAUAUAUAUAUAUAUAUAUAUAUAUAUAUAUAUAUAUAUAUAUAAAAAUAUUUAAGGAUAGCACUCCAUGGACUUUAUAUAAAAUAUAACUUUUAUUUACCUUCUAAAUAAAAACGAUCCAUAUAUAUGUAUUUUAUAUCAUCGCAUUCCGCUCGUUAUUAUGACUUGGAAGGGCAAAAAGCAAAAAAAAAAAAAAACUGGCUUGCUUGGGGUGUUAGUUUUCAUCAUGCAGAUGGUAUGGUGGUACAUUUUUGACUAACAUUUUUAUUUUAUUUUUAUUUGACUCCAGUACCAUUUAAUCCCUUUUUUAAAUAACUCAUUUUUGGCAGUUAUGGUUGUUUCCUAAAGUUAGCUAGGCAAAGGGUAGCAUUUCAUAGCUAAUGAGGUGCUUAUAAUUAAAUUUCUGUGUGGUCUCUAAGCCUCUUUACUUUUACAAAGCUGAUAUUUUUAACACAAUUCAUUUACAGUAAGUAAGAAUUUUAUGGUUUGCAGGAAGCCCAUUUAAGAUUGAUUUUUAUACUAAUACACAUAUUGCUGUCUUUGGCUAAUAAUUGCACAUUUAUGCAUAAAGUCUGGGUACAGUUAAGCAGUAUAAGACUUUAUUACACCAAUUACUAGAGCAAAGUUAGUCUUGAUGCCUUCUCUUUUUAAGACUAGAUUUUAUAUGUAUCUGGCAUGAUAGAUGAACCAUGAUGCCUUUCCCUGUCCUAUAACUACCAUUAGACAACCUCUUCACUUUAGACAAGGACCCACUUGUUUGUCUGUACGCAGAGCAGCCCAUGAUUUACUUGGCGAACCAAGGGCUUAUUAAAAAAUCAAAGUACACUUCAACAUUACAGCUAGUUCCAGAAUCUUCAACAUUGCCAUAAUUUUUACAAAUUCAAUUACAUUUUUAAAGAGUUUAUGUUGCUGCGUUCAAUCCUUCCUUUCAAACUUUUCCAAACUUCUCUUGCAAAAGUAUCUUUUACCAAAGGUGGCUCCAUAUGUCAUUGAUUAUAAUCUGUGUAACCUCUCUGCUUCCCUUAGGAAUUGAAGACACGUUUAGAACCGCAGCAACGGAAGUGAGUCUUCUCGCUGGCAGCGAGGACUUUAAUGCUACAAAACUAUUUGGAGUUGGUAAGUGUUUUAGUUUCAAACUGCUUUAUUUAUAUUCUUAAUGUGUUGCAGUUUAUCAUAUGAUUAGUUUGUUAGACAAGGCGACACAAGAGGUAGAUUAAGUUUCCAUUUUAAUUUUCAAGACAAGCGUUUAAAGUGACUCCAUCAUCACAAUUUUUUUCAUUCAUUUUUUUUGUUUUUGCAUCGUAAUAUGGCUCGUUAAACGCUUACAGUUGGUGGCGAUGACUUUAAAAUGUAACUAAAAUUACUUGCUUGGUGUUCAGCAUCAUCGGGCAAUUUGCUCUAAAUAUUCAUUAGUUGUUAUGUAGUUUUACAUUGGUCACAUUGUCUGACCUUUUAAGAGGUUAUUACAUUUUCUUCCCUCUUUAUUUCUUUUCAAACAUGUCAACUUGCUAUCCCCUCCCUGAAUAAUGUCUCUCUUGUAACUGAUACCCAGUUUCCUGCAAGUGAUCUCCAAACUCUGCGUCUACUUACCUACUCCCCCUCUCUCCCUGUCCACCUAGACGUCAGUUUUCUUUAAAGAGCAUGACUUUCCAUCUUCAAUCACCAACCAUACCUCCCAACAUUGAGAGUUCUGUAAUCUGGACGGGACAUUUAGGGGGUGUUGCCAUUGAGGCAAGUUUGCCCAGGUUAGGGUGUACUUGCCUACUGAAGGAGUUGUCAGCCUGGCGUCCUACAUGCAGGACCAUGCAGAGAUAGAGCUGUUGAUACUGGUGCCCGCUGCUAGUGCAAGUUUGUUGUACUCGUGCUGUGCUGCCUGAGGACAGCUCCUGGAGUCCCUGGGUGCGAAAACCAUGGAACGAAAUCCGGACAGCAGGACAGGACCCCGAAAACAGGACUAUCUUGCCAACAGUUGGUAGCUCUGCACCAGCUUAUCAUCUCAACCAAAACAGUAUCUGUAGAGCUGCCUAUUAAACACCUUUUUUUUUUUCAUUCUCUAUUAUAUCAUUCAGAUUGGAAGUCUUGUUGGUGUUGUCACUUUGCUGAACAUGUUUUGUAAAACUUGCAUAAAUGUUUAAUUAUAAGCUUUUAGACUGCAUUCUCUGUACUUUUAAGUCAGGCCAAAAGAAAUUAACCAGACCCCUCUAAGGAGUAAUAACAAAAUAAAAAUGUGUUGUGUAUUUGAGGAGAACUAUAGGCCAGGGAGUUUGUUUUUGUGUGUUUAUUUUAUUUAAUCCUUUUUACAUAUGAGUUUCUCCUCUGAUCUGAUCCAUAAGCAUUGAUGCUGGUAAUUGUUUUUUUUAGUAUAAGCUCAUAAUUCUUAGAAUUUCUCUUUUUGUCUUUCUAGAUACUGACAGCUGUGAGCGGUGGAUGAACUGCAAAAGCGAAUUUCUCAAAAAGUAUAUGCACAAAGUCGCCAAUGAUCUUCCCAGCUGCCCUUGUUCAUAUCCGACUGAAGUAGCGUACAGCACAGCUGAGAUACACGAUCGCAAUAAACGCAAAGAUUUUCGAUGGAAGGACGCAAGUGGUCCAAAGGAGAAACUGGAAAUCUACAAGCCAACUGCAAGAUACUGUAUCAGAUCUAUGCUCUCCUUGGAAAGUACCACACUUGCGGCACAACAUUGCUGUUUUGACGACAGUAUGCAACUCAUAACCAGGGGGAAGGGAGCUGGAACACCAAAUUUGAUCAGUGUAGAGUUUUCAGCAGAGCUUCAUUAUAAAGUUGACAUUUUACCGUGGAUCAUGUGCAAAGGUGACUGGAGUCGCUAUAACGAGGCUCGGCCACCAAACAAUGGCCAAAAAUGUACUGAAAAUCCCUCCGAAGAUGACUAUUUAAAACAGUUUCAAGAAGCCAGAGAAUUUUAGUGGCUUAUUUAUGGAAGGUCAUUUGUUCAGAAGAAGGGACAUAGUACUUACAGUGCUGUAUGACAGAAACAGAGUCACAUGCUUUGUACACAUCCCUUGUGGGUUUUGAAAGUGUACCUGAUGGAGCAACCUACCUGUGGCUCUCCUCCUGUUGCCUGCAGAAUCUACAUCCAAUGAUAUUUGGAUAACUACACGUUUGCUUUGCCUACCCUUCAUUUAUUGUUUUGCAAGUGUACCUUUAUGUAUGUUCUUGCAAAACGUAUAAGUAUUGUCACGCAAUGUACUUAUUUUAUUAUUUUUGUUCCUGUCAUAAUUGUUUUUCUGAGAGUUUAUUAUUUUUUUUAGCUGACAUUGCAAUUUUUACAAAUAUGAUAUAUAAUGGAUCUCGAGAGAAACAAACAUUCUGGCAAUUUUUAAUAAAUGUCACUGAGCAUUAAGCUUCCUUUUGGGGUUGUGCUGAAAACAUAAUAUGUCUUCUCUAAGAUUCAUCUAGGAAGCAAGGAGAUUGUAUUAAACAUUGUAGCUAUGUAAGGACACUGAUGGAAAACUAGAAGAAAGAGGAUAUGGUCAAGAAGACCAACAUCACAGUGGUUAACGUGAAAUAAUCUCAAAAUAUUGUUUCUAAAUGGACACCAUUGGUAACCUGAAAGUAAAGUAGGGAAUUCAGGGUAUCUCAUUACAUGUGACUUUUAUUUUCAGGGACUUUAUCGAUCAAGAGUGGCACUUUCUCAAAAAGAUGAUGAUGACCAUGUUUCAUCUUGUGUGUAGGCCUUACCUUAUUUUUUUUUUUAUUUGGCAUGAACUAAAUGCAGUUUUAAUUUUUAAUUUUUAUUUUAUUUUUUUCAAAUGUGUGUGAGGUUAAGCUGUUAUUUCUGUUUACAAAUACUGCAAUAUUUUUGUAAAGUAUUUAUUAUGUUCUAGUUCUAUAUUGUGCAUUGCGCAUGUUUGUCCUUUUAUUCCCCUUUGCUCCCUGUCCUCCGGAACAUGGUCACAUGUGGGUUAAAUCCAUCAUUUUAGAGUGGAAGUCUUCUCAAUCCCCACAAAAAGAUAAACUUAAAUAAAACAAAGUAUUUAGCUUUGUAUUUGAGUGUUUUCUAUUUAGUCUCAAUGGAAGGAC